AUGAUUAAAUAUGAUUGUGCAGUUACCCAGUGUCUAUACUGGGUCUCAGUUUAUGGGACUCUUCAUCCGCCGUUGUCUCACAGACUAACCACUCCCAUAUUGACCCCACGUGGGUAUCAUUCAGUCUGCACACCACGCCCAUACAUCUAUGUCAUCAUCGCGUCAAAUGACGCGAUUGACAGGUGGGCGGGUUCAAGUGACAUCGGACCAAUGGGUAGCCACCGUGUGCGGCUGCCCAUUACAUAUUGAUGAAAUAGCAAUUUAUGCUUUCAUAAUAUUCCAAUAAUAUUUUAAUUAAACUCUCAACUGUAACAUCGAAAUUAAUCUAUCAAGUGUUGUGGACUGAUCACUCCACGUGGGUACCAUCUCUUUCUAACAUUAUGCCCCUUGACUCAUUAUAGUAUCACGUCACGUGACGCGAAUGAUAAGGGGCGUUUCUAAGAAUUAAUUGACCAAUGAGCAAUCGGUACGCACGGCAACACACGUGGGUCAUAACAGCUGUUUCCAUUUCCGUAUUACAACAAAGGGUAUUUAAAUCGUUACAAGGAAUUUUGAAAGUUUAUUGCUCCUGACAACGGUGUGCUGAAACGCCGAAACGCGCGUCGAGCUUACUUUUAUUUAUUUGCUUUGCACUUUUUGGUAGCACUGAUGGAUUAAUUUAUUUUAUCUUACUUAAGCAUUUUUUGACAGGCAGGGAUUGAGGCUGUGGUAGGCACUUGUGCUUCCUCACAGUGCCGAGGUAAUUUUAGGGACAGCAAGACUUCUCACAGGAGUUACUGUCUGGGUUUAGCUCUUGGGUACUUCCUUUACAUUGCCCUCCUUUCUCUUAGAUUUACCUUCACCUAAUUAGGGUCUGACUCUUAGAGUCUUAGAAAAUGUGGCAUUUGAACCUUGAGACUAGGCAACUGUUGGGUAGACCUUUUAGUCAGUAAUUGGUUCCCAGGGUCUAUUCUGUAUGGUUUAUCAUUAUCACAUUUAUCUUCACCUGUCCUGUUUUGUUUGUCCUUAGGAUUAUUAAAAGGUAGGGACCCCCCUCUUUCUCUUCUCCCAUUACUCUUCCACUUAGGACUCUUCUAGUCCUAUUUUUUUGUUUUGUGCUUUUCUAUAUAUUUGAGGGUUAUUCCCUAUACCAGGGAGAGUAAUUUUUUAGGGCUAAUUAGCACUAAUUCAUUGGUCGGCGUUGCGACCUCUGAAUCAGAGCCAUUAUUUCUUAGUAUACAUUAUUUGUUUCUUUUAUAUUUCAGACUAUUGCCUCACCUGCUCCAUUUGCUGUAGAAACAAGCUGUCAAUGCAAAGCACCACAUGAAAAAUUAACAAUUGUUCAGGCUCAUGUAGGUACGCCAGGUAAGUUAUUUCUGUUCCUGCAAUAGCUUUGCAACUAAACACCUAUGAUUUGUCUCAGUUCCUAUUUAGAUAACAUAUUAGAUUGCUCCAGUUAUGCAUAAAUUACAUGGUGUCACUUUAUAAAUCAGUUAAUUAUAUAUUCCUUGUGUUAGCCAAAUUGCUCAGAAAUGUAUAGAUGAAAUGUUAUUUCUACAUUUUUUUUGUGGGGGGGGGGGGACAGGGGGGGGAUCUCCAGCACCCUCAACAACUUAAUGAGAUGAACAGAUCAUGCCACUGCAAUCUCACUAAUUCUCUGCCGUUUAGGAGUUAAAUCAUUUUUGUUUCUCUUUAUGCAACCCUAGCCAAAUCUACCCUGGUUGCAUGAAAAAAAAAUUGUUUCCUUUUCAGUCAAACGUUAACUUGCUUUAGAAGUUUUAUCCUGCUCUGCAAAUUUAAUUUUAUUCACACCCAGGAGGUUCCUUCAGUCUCUAAGAGGCUAUACAGAGCAGGAGAUAAAAAAAAAUUCUAGAUCAGCAAGACCGUGCAAUACAGGAACCUAUAAUAUUUUCCUUUACUAGAAAGUGUUCAGGAAGGUCCAAGUCACAUGCAGGGAGGUGUGACUAGGUCUGUAUAAACAAAGUGAUUUAACUCCUAAAUGGCAGAGGAUUGAACCAUGAGACUGCAUGGGGCAUGAUCUAUACACAGAAACUACUUCAUUUAGUUAUGUUGCUGCCUAUAGUAUCCAUUCAAUCAGUGGCAAUAUGCACAGUCAUGUAAACCAAGGCUAAAAAUAUACCUCAAUUUAAUAAGCUUUCCAAAUUAUUCAAUACUGUUAGAAAAACUCUCCAAAUUAUGUAUCUACAAACAUCCAAAUAGCCCUUAAUGGUGACUUAUGCAGAUUAAUAGUUUCUAACACUAUUGAAUCAUUUUGGAAAACUUAUUAAAUGAAGGCCAUAAUUUGAAUUUAGUUUUUUUUAUAUGUUUUUAUAUACGUUUUUCAACAUAAAAUAGAAAAUGUAAAAAAAAGCAAAAAAAAACAUGUCCAUGUCUCCAUGAAAGAGUAAAGAUAAGUAAUAGAAUAGAGUUGUACUCUUAAAGAAGACAUUGUUGAGUGAAAGAAAGAAAAAGCUGGUAGAGCUGCGCAUGGGAUGGGAGCAUUCAAUGUAAUAAAAAUAAGAAGUUGAACAGAACGUGUUAUGUUGUCAUAUGAAAUUAUGGAAAUUCUCACAAACUGCAAAGAGAUAGAAUUAAUAAGUGUCAUUUGGCAGAGACCUUUUUUUUUUUUUUUAAUCAGGAGGUUUAAGAGAAACAAUAGUUAAAUCAUCUAGGGAAAAGAUUCCUAAUGCUGUUUUGUAUGCAAUGUCUUAGCAGGGAAAAAAUAUCUCAUCAAUAACUGUGUAUAGCAGACAUCGGUGAUAUCCGUUAAUCAGUAAAACAUAUGAAGGCUGUAGCAUACAGUGGUUGACUUGCCUCCCAAUCCUGUGUAAUCAACUGGAAUCCCUGGUUCAUGCAUGCUUGCCUUGUUAUCAUCCUAGAAGUUAAUGGGUUUUACAGUUACAAAUGAAAGAGAACAUCCGUUUACAUUACAGUUCACAUUACAAGGACAUUACUGCUUGUAUACUUACAAGGUUAUCUAUCGGUGCUGUAGAGUGCACGUAUCCUUCAUACUUGCAUUGCUAAUGCACAAUGUAUCAAACAAAAGAAUUUGUGUGUAAGGCACUUCGAUCAAUAAUAAAAAAACAAAAACAAGAUCUAGAAACUGAUAUAUAAAGUGUUUCCCCACCACUGUGUUUAAACAGUUCACAAUAUUAUUUUUUCUACUUUUAUUGUAGGUACACAACUUCUUUCUGAACGUUUGUAUAUUGGAUUUUAUUUACCUUUUGCACUUGGGUUUUUGAUGCACUGGUAUAUUGUUUUGUUUAUGUUAUAUAAUGCACAAUGUAUGUUACCAUAGAUACUUCCAUGACUUAAGAGCAUUGUACCAUAAAGUGUAUUGUUCCUACCAACACUAUUCAUUCUCUGUCAUAGCUCUUUUCUUCUGCUAAAAACUCUUCUUAGGUCCUCCACAGUGGCAUACUAACUAGGGGACAGGGGUGUGCCCCCAUAUUUAUGUAUCACAGUUUAUCCCUAUUACCAGGGCCACCAUCAGGGCAUGACAACCAUGAUGGUUGUCAUCGGCCCGGCGGUCCUAGGGGGCUCGGACUGCUAUGGGAGUUCCGGAAGCAAUAAACACACAACACAGAUGGUUGUGAGACCAGAAUUACUUCUGUUUGUUUAUUCAAAGUAGGGUGUAUUUAUACACAACAUUGUUGCAGCUUAGCUUGAAGGUUAAAAAAUAAGGCGGUUAAAAGUAGGCGCAUUUAUACACAAUAUUGUUACAGUUUAGCUUGAAGGUUUAAAAAUAAACCUUAAAGAUAGGAAAGUCAAAAGAUAAAAUAAGUUAAUGUGGUUACAUAUGUCAUAAAAUAUAAAAUUAAUUUACAAAACAGUAUGUGGUUACGUAUUUCAUAAGAUUGGUUGCAAGAUAAAAUUAGUUAUUAUUAUUAUUAUUAUUAUUAUUAUGUUAUUUAUAUAGCACCAUCAAAUUCUGCAGCGCUUGACAAUGGGUUAGCAAACAGUUACACAAUUUACAGUUUCCAAUAAGUGCUCUGUUGGGGGCUAGAGAACACAGAGAACGCAACUUAUGCUGACUGUAGAAUAUUGCAUAUUCUAUAUGUUCCUAUUCAAAUACAUAUUAAGGUGUUGCUGUCUAAUGGGUUAAACAGAACAGAUGGCAUUUGCUAUUCUGUACCAUGAGGUCUCUGGAAUUCGCUGUAUAAGAGAGAUUUGGGGUGGUCUUUAUAUGGGGAAUUUCCUUAUAUGGCCAGAGUCUAAACUAAACGUUAUGACGUAAUUUGGGCUAUAAAGAACCACGCUCUCUUCCUUCUAUGAUACGUUUUGCUCUCCUCUCUGAUGUCCUAAUUUGCUGAUACGAAGACGACUCUCUUUAACGUCGUUAAGAAAUACCAUCUGUUAAGUAUAUUAUUGUUUGCUGUUGAAGUAGAAUAAAUGCAUAUUUUUUAUAAAGAACGUCAGAUUGCGUAUUAGUACUUUUCAUUAAUAUAGACAUAUAUUAAUGUUGUGAGCAUUUGGCCCAAGAAGAAAUAUCUAUCUAUAUAUAUAUAUAUAUAAAAGACUUAUUCAACUAAAUAAACACAAAGACAGUUAUAACACUGACACGUAUACAGCACUUUACAGAGAAAAAUUUCAUUACAUAUAAAGAGCAUCAGAUGUAGGCUUUAAUUACGCUGAACAUUGGAAUUAAGAUAUAUUCCCUCACACAGCCAUGUGGGCGGACUCGAGGGGCCCAGACGUUGAGCUUUGUCAAGGGCCCCACAAUUUCUGAUGGCAGUCCUGCCUAUUACUGUCAGGCUAUGUUUAAGGAUUGUGUGAUGGCUAUGUGUGAUGUCUGUCAGUACGCCAGGGCUGCCAUCAGAAAUUGCAAUCAGUGUUUGUCAGGAUGUCAUGUAGAAGAAACAGGCAAACCAACUCAGAAUCAGCAAUACACCUGAAAACCACAGAUGGCAGCACUGGUUAAGAAUCCAUAAUAAGACUUUUUAAAAAGUUGUGUAGCAAUGGUCUAUAUCUUAGCUAGAAAAAUAAUGGUGUAUAUAGAUGCUCUUAACCUUUAUAGUCAGAGUUCCUUGCUGAUGGGCUAAAACGUUGAUGUUAGGAUGCCAUAGAUUAUUCUUCCAUUUUAAAAAAAUUAUUAUUUCAAAUUUGGCAAUUAAAAUAAAAUUUGGGGUAAUUUUUUACCAUGAAAUCAAAAGGAGUUGGAAUACAUCAAAGCCAAUUUAGAUCUAUUUACAGAGACUUUAAUUUGGAGUUUCAGGAAAUUGUGAACAUUUAAGUGUCUCUGAUAGGUCUCUGAAUUUAAGUCUUAUAACUGAUAUAAAUUAUUUUUACAUAAUAUGCCGCUAUGGAUUUAAAGUGUUAUAAAUAGCCCCAUAAAAAAAAUAAAAAAAACAAUAACAUGUAUAGCAUGUAUCUAUAUAGUACAAAAUAACCUUGGCUGUAUCACAAAUAAUAUAACAAGAGAAUAGCAAAUAGCAACAGAAUAGAAAAGAAAAGGAACAAAUGUCAUAGAUGUAGACAAGGCACAAAUAAAGUUACUUGCUGUUCCUACUUUGCUUCAAUAAUGUUAAUUAUAAUAUGUUUGAUCACUCUGAGAUCUUUAUGUACUCUGACAGAGUUGUUUACAUUUCGGGGUUAAAGUAACAGAAAUUUCCAGACAUUUUGUAAUAAGAACUUUAAAGGACCACUCUAAGCACCCAGACCACUUCAGCUUAAUGAAGUGGUCUGGGUGCCAGGUCCAGCUAGGGUUAACCAUUUUUUUUUUAUAAACAUAGCAGUUUCAGAGAAACUGCUAUGUUUAUAAUAGGGUUAACCCAGCCUCUAAAGCCUCUAGUGGCUGUCUCAUUGACAGCCGCUAGAGGCGUUUGCGUGCUUCUCACUGUGAAAAUCACAGUGAGAAGACGCCAGCGUCCAUAGGAAAGCAUUAUGAAUGCUUUCCUAUGAGACUGGCUGAAUGCGCACGCAGCUCCUGCCGCGCAUGCGCAUUCAGGAGGAGAGGAGGCGGAGAGGAGGAGGAGAGCUCCCCGCCUGGCGCUGGAAAAAAGGUAAUAUUUAACCCUUUCCUCGCCAUCCAGCCCGGCGGGAGUGGGACCCUGAGGGUGGGGGCACCCUCAGGGCACCAUAGUGCCAGGAAAACGAGUAUGUUUUCCUGGCACUAUAGUGGUCCUUUAAAGCAAAAUAAUGGUGUAUAUAGAUGUGAUCAUGGAGGAAUUUUCUUUUUGAAACAUUGCACUUACAAAAAUAUUUGUACUAGUUACACCCCUGGUAUAUGUGACACAGGCAGCCCGUAACACUGCUAAUGUUAAUUAUGUGCAAGAAUUUGGCCUGUUGUCUGGGGACAAAAGUAAUGAGCUUCUAGCCUUGCAGGCAACGUUGAGAGCAGUCCUGCAAGGGGAAACGUGAAUCUCACUUCCCUUACUCUGUCAUUUUAGUCCUCCCUGUCUCACUAUAGGUAUUAUGAUCUAUUUAAUUAUCUUCCUUAUCCAUCCCCUGCUACCCUCUUCCUGUGAGAAUGGUCCAUUCAGAUGCCUCUCUAUUAGAAACAUUUGAUUGGACCACAGGAAGGCAAGCAGUGAUGUUGAAAAGGGUGUAAAAAUCAGCCAGGCUUUGCCCUGCUCUGGAUUUGAGGUAAGUUUAUGCUUACUUUACAGGUUUAUAAUGGGGAAAGGGUACCUAAUUACGAAUGCUGAAUACGGAAAUCUACAUUUAAAAAAAAAAAGCUUAUAUAAAAAUGGUGGGAGUAACCAAUUAAGGGCUUCAAAUGAUUUUUCAAAGGAACAUAUGAUGGCACAUUGAUGGAGAGGUUAUGGGUAUUGUGGAACCAUGGCACAUAUCUGGUGGUAAUUUCCAUCAUAUUAAAGUAACACUCAAAGAACCAUAACCACUGCCGCCCUAGCAAGAAAGGAGUUCAUCAAUGCCUGGCGGACAUCAGGUAAGUUUUCAAACCAUUCUCAAGCAGCACUCCUGCCACCAAAACCUCUACAGAAGGCUUCAGUGGUUAUAGUGCAUGGAGUGUUCCUUUUAUAUAAUGGACAUACCACCAAACAUGUGUCAUGGUUCCCCAUUGUCCUUAACCUCUCUAUCAGUGUACCAUUUUAUUUGGAUAUGAAAGUGUCUAUAUCUCAGAUGACAUAUGCCAAUUAAAUACAUUAUGCUAAGACAUGGCCAUGGCCUCAACUUCUCUGCAAAAAGAAUACGGAUUGGAUGUAGAGGAGAAACUGAGAUUGGAGUUGGUGAUAAAUUGCUGUCAUCUGAGGAAUAGUCUGAUGUCUGGAAAAAACCUGAAAUACUGAAUUUUUAAUUUUUCAUCUAGUGUUGGAAUAAUGUGUCACAAGAUUGUGAGAAGAGUGUCACAUAACCUGCCACUCAGAUCAGGGCUGUCAUUCAUACUGCUCCUUCCACUUCUGAAGCAUACCUGCUCAGAGUCAAUUUUUGAUGCAGAACGCUAUUCCUCUAUGACCCUUAGUACCAUCUCUAACAUGCGUCGAUUUAAACGUGCUCACACUGUUUGUGCACGAAAGAACACGCACUCUCUGGCAGAAACGAUACUGGCCAAUAGCAGACACUGCACACUAUAUAUUCUUACCUUGUACGCUUUUGUUUCAACUAGCUUUAUUCUUCAUUUAUCCUGUCUUCUGUACUCCUUGACUCUGCUUGUUUCCUUGUGUACCUGGUGUAUCUAUUCAAAUCCAGGCAGUUCUCUGACUUAUCUAUCUACUUGCAGGCCCUACUGUUUUGCCUUCUGUAGACAUAUCAUUUUAAGGCCCAGUGAUAUCCUGUAUUAUCCUAUGUAUCACCAGUAGAUUUUUCAAGAGCUCAAGCUCUACAUACUCUGUGAAAUAGCCUGUCACAACAAAAGAGCACCUUUACAAAUAUGUGUCAGAUUUUAUUCCUUAAUGUAUCUCAUAUAUUGACUAAUAGCAGAAAACAUAAUAGAUACAGUAGACCCCCUUGUUUUAGGCAACUGCAGUACAGUUUGCAAAUCAUCAGGACAGCGUGAGACUUCCUAAAUAUCAACUCAUAAUACAAAUUCUAAAGGUGCAUGGCAGUGGUGUAUCCUGGUUUUGUGCUGCCCUAGGCAGGACAAAACACAGGCACCGUGCCAACCCCACCCAACCCUUCCCCCUGCCCCGCCUUCUAAAUACACACACACACAUUCACUGACAGAUAUGCAUACAGACACACGCUAACAGACACACUCACUAACAGACACACACACACUCACUCUAACAGACACACUCACUAACAGACACACACACGCUCACUCUAACAGACACACACACGCUCACUAACAGAUACACACACUAACAGACACACACUCACUAACAGACACACACUCACUAACAGACACACACACACACUCACUCUAACAGACACACACUAAGGGGUGGGGGAAGUGGAAGAGAUCAUUAAGGUACGGGAGGAGCGGAAGACACACAUCUUCCCCAUCCACCUCGUAUUCAUCUUCCCCAUCCACGAGGACUGGUGGUGGGGCAGGCAAGGCUCGACCAGGGAAAGUAUUUUCAUGAAAAGGUUUAAGCAGUGCCACGUGAAACACCGGAUGUAUUUUCAUGGAAUCCGGAAGUUGCAGACGGAAGGUGACUGCAUUGAUCUGAGCGAUUAUCUUAAAAGGUCCCAUGAACUUUUGACCCAAUUUAUGAGAAGGAAUCCUAAGCUUAAGAUUCUUUGUUGACAGCCAAACCUUGUCACCAACAUGAUAAACUGGGGCCUCCUUUCUGUGCCUAUCAGCAGCUCUUUUGUAACAUUCCUGAGCCUCCGAAAGAGUCUCCUUCAACAGUUCUUGGGAAUCUCGUAAGGCGGUUAGCCGGUCAGUGACUGCAGGAAUGGGAGUAGUAAUUGGGAGACUCACUAGAAAGGUUGGAUGGUAACCAUAAUUGGCAAAAAAUGGGCUCAGAGAAGUGGAGCAGUGUUGGGCAUUGUUAUAGGCAAACUCCGCCGUGGGUAGAAAAUCCAGCCAGUCAUCCUGCAGGUAACUAAUAUAGCACCGCAAAUAUUGUUCUAAAGUCUGGUUGGUUCGCUCAGUCUGUCCAUUACUUUGUGGAUGAAAAGCUGAAGACAGAUUUACAUUAAUACCUAGAAUAGAACAAAAAUAUUUCCAAAAAUGAGAUGUAAACUGCACUCCCCUGUCAGAAAUUACUUCAUCAGGCACUCCAUGCAAGCGAAAUAUUUCCCGAAUAACAAGGUCAGCAGUCUGUUUAGCUGAAGGGAGACCACGAGCUGGUAUGAAAUGACUCAUCUUGGUUAACCGGUCCACAACAACAAGAAUAGUAGUGUGUUCCUUAGAGGGAGGUAGUUCCACAAUAAAGUCCAUGGAUAUAGAUCCCCAGGGACGAUGAGGAAUCGGAAGAGGCUGAAGCAAGCCAACAGGGGAUGAGCGAGGAGUCUUAUGUCUGGCACAUACAUCACAAGAGGACACAUACUUCUUAACAUCCUCAUAAUAUUUAGGCCACCAAAAGGAUCGGGUAAGUAGUUCUUGUGUCUUUCGGAUUCCUGGAUGACCUGCUGGUUUAGAGUCAUGGUAGAGGCGUAAAACGUCCAGUCGCACUGAUUCUGGAACAAACAGACGUUGUUGAAAAAUCCAAAACCCAUUAAGCAUGGUCAUAUGAAGAUCACGAGGAGGAUCACGAAAAACUGGAUCUUUAGAGUAGCCCUUUUUAAUGCGAGACAUUAGAUCAGAAGGAAAGGUAACUCCUAAAAAUCUGCUCUCUGGCAAGAUGGUGGCCUUGGUUACUGUAGUAUGGAGGGGGUCAGCUAUCCUAGACAAGGCAUCCGCCUUGCCAUUUCUGGAACCAGGGCGGUAUGAAAUAAAAAAAUUAAACCUUGAGAAAAAUAGGGACCAGCGUGCUUGUCUGGCUGACAGUCUCUUAGCGGAUUGGAUACAUUCCAGAUUUUUGUGAUCUGUGAGGACAGUAAUUGGAUGGGUGGCUCCCUCCAAGAGAUGUCUCCAUUCGGUGAAGGCAGCUUUUAUAGCCAAAAGUUCUUUAUUCCCUAUGUCAUAAUUUCUUUCUGCUGGUAACAUCUGGCGGGAAUAGAAGGCACAUGGAUGUAACAACAUCUUAGGUCCAGUCCUUUGAGAUAGUAUAGCCCCAACAGCUGAAUCAGAAGCAUCUACCUCUACAGUAAAUGGCAAUUCUGGCUGAGGAUGUACCAAGAUAGGGGCAGAUGUAAACAGAGUCUUUAAUCUGGAAAAUGCAGUGUCAGCCUUAUUGGACCACUGAAAAGGAGUCCCUUUACGUGUAAGUUCAGUGAUCGGUGUAAUAACGGCAGAGAAAUUCUUAAUGAAACGCCUGUAAAAAUUGGCAAACCCCACAAAUCUCUGUAUAUCUUUUUCAUUCUUGGGGAUGGGCCAGUCCAGCACAGCUUUAAUUUUACUUGCGUCCAUACUUAAACCUUUAGGAGUUAUUACAUACCCCAGGAACUGAAUUUCUGUUUGUUCAAACUCACAUUUUUCCAGUUUAAUGUAUAGGUGGUGGGUACGAAGGCGCUCAAGAACAAUGCAGACCUGUUUUCUGUGAUUUUCAAGAUCAUCAGAAAAUAUCAGGAUAUCAUCCAAAUAUGCCACAACAAACUGAUCCAGGAGAUCCCGUAGUACAUCAUUGAUUAGAUGCUGAAAAGUUGCAGGGGCAUUACAAAGCCCAAAUGGCAUUACUAGAUAUUCGUAAUGUCCGUACCUGGUUCUGAAAGCUGUUUUCCAUUCAUCAUUUGGUCUUAUGCGAACCAGAUUAUAUGCCCCCCGUAGAUCAAGCUUCGUAAAUAUUUUAGCUGAACGAAGUCUCUCCAGAAGUUCAGGAAUGAGAGGCAAGGGAUAACGGUUUUUAACAGUGAUUUUAUUAAUGUCCCUGUAAUCAACACAUGGCCGUAGACUGCCAUCUUUCUUUUCUACAAAGAAUAUAGGAGCUCCUGCUGGAGAAGUGGAUGGUCGAAUAAAGCCUUUGGCAAGAUUUUCUUGUAUGUAUUCACGAAGUGCUUUCAAUUCAGGCUCAGAAAGGGAGUAUAUACGGCCAAAUGGGAUAGCAGCUCCAGGUAGCAGCUCUAUGGGGCAAUCAUAAGGCCUGUGAGGUGGAAGCUGAUCAGCAUUCUUCUUAUCACAGACAUCUGCAAAAUCCCGAUAUUGUAGCGGAAGCUUAGUUAAGUUUGUAGCAACCAUUUCAUUAAUUGUUGUGGUAACAGGUGUCGCCUUAGAGGGUUGACAAUUCAUUAAGCAGUGUUCUGAAGGAAAGGACAAAGUUCUAGUCUUCCAAUCAAUCUGUGGGUUAUGCAGAGCAAGCCAGGGUAUACCCAAAAUCACUGGAAACUGUGUUGAGGAAAUUAGGUGGAAAGAUAUAGACUCAUGGUGAUUCACUUCCAGAAUCAAUUUUAAGGGCACAGUCUCAUGUGUAACCGGGCCUGACGUAAGUGGAGAACCGUCUACUGUUUCCAUUAACACAGGUGAAGAUUUAGGGAUAGACUGAAUUUUAUUUCCUGCUGCAAAUUUAAUGUCCAUAAAGUUUCCGCCUGCUCCGGAAUCUAUCAUAGCUGUAGUUGAAAUUAUAUUAUUACCAUAUUGCAAAGUGAUAGGCACCACCAAAUGAGGAUGUUGAGUCAUCAUACCUUCUUCACCCUGAGCCAGAGAAAACAAGGGUUGUGUGACAGAAUCCAGUUGGUCUGAAAUCUGGGAUUGGUGUUGAAUCUGUGCACCCUCAGCAGUCAUAGCUAUUGUUCUUUUAGACUUGUUAGGGCACUUGAUGGCAUAAUGCCCUGCACUACCACAAUACAGGCAUAAGUUGUGAGUGCGUCGCCACUGUUUUUCUUCAUUGGAUAAUGGCCCUCUUAUUAGAUCUACUUGCAUAGCCUCAGGUUCAGAGUCUGUAGGUGUUUGUGGGGUCGGAGUAGAAAUUCUUGAAUAGAAAGUAGGAGUAGCACUUGGUUUAAAAGAGCCCUGUCUUUCCAAUCUUCUUUCUGAAAGUCUCCGAUCAAUACGGAUAGCCAACCGCACAAAUGCAUCAAACUCAACAGGAAGAUCAACACGAGCUAGCUCAUCUUUUAUAGCUUCUGAGAGACCCCUUCUGAAGUGGAACCUCUGGGCUGAUUGGUUCCAAGUAGUAUCAGUAACCCACUGUCUGAAUUCAGCAGCAUAUUCAGCCACAGAGCGCCUCCCUUGAUGUAAAUGAAGGAGAGUGGCUUCUGCUGUAGCACAGCGAUUGGGAUCAUCAAAAACUAGGCACAUGGCCUCAAGAAAGUCUUUUAAAUUUCCCAAGAUUGGACUGUCCUGUUCCAGAAAAGGGGAGCCCCAGGCCAGGGCUUCAUCUUUGAAGAGGGAAAAAAUAAAUCCCACCUUCUCUCUUUCAGAUGGAAAACGGUUAGGUAACAUCAUAAAAUGCAAACGGCAUUGAUUUAGGAAACCCCUGAAUUUUUUGCGGUCUCCUCCAAAUUUUUCUGGUAGAGGCAAGCGGGCAUCUUGUGCAGGUGUAACAGUAGUAGUAGCAGCAGCCGCAACAUCAUGUGCCCUGUAGCUGGUAAGUUCACUAUGCAUUGAUCGAACUUCAUUUUGCAGUUCAGCUACCUGAUCCUGCAGCACUUGAAUGGUCUGUGCCUGGGUCUGCAUAGUUCUUGCAUUAAAAGCAACCUGCUGGGCCAAUGCAGAAUCUGAUCCGACGGUCUCCAUGAAUGGGCCAGAUUAUUCUGUAAUGAUAUUGAUGUUACAAAGUUUUGGAGUCCAGUAGCCAGAUCAGCAAUGUUUUCUGCCAGAGGUAGCCACUCGUUACCCAGGUGGUUGAGCCCCUGAGCCUUGAGUGGCCUUCUGGUCUUAAGCAGAGAUGGGAGACUGGAACAGAAAGAUGAUAAUCGUAGUCAGGCAAGCCGAGGUCAGUGGGAAGGAGAAGCAGCAAAGUCAAAACAGUCCAAAUUCAGCAACAGGAAGGAGAAACAGGAACACGCUGGAUUAGAGAGUACAGGAACCACAAUAAUCUGGCAAAGGUACAGAGACAGGAAGUGGCUUUUAUAGGCCAAGAACCAGACACCUGACUAGACACAGCUGAAGUGAGUUGUCACUGAUAACCUUGACUCUACAAGCAAUGGUAUCAGAUCUCAGGUAAAUUUGCAAAAGGCAGGCUGGUGUACUGGUAAUGAAAAGGUUUAGCAUCAUGUAAACCAGGGUUCGAAACCCAGCAGAGUCAGUUCCUCACAGUUGCGCUGACCCACACAUCCAGGGCCGCCGGGGAGUCAGGCAGACUGAUUAGUCAGUGACCACGGGCCCGACACCAGGAGAGGGCCCUGCGGCUUGCCCUGGAUGCUGCCGGGCUCCCUCCAAUCAGUCUGCCCAGCACCUCCGGUCUGCAGCCCGUGUGAUAGAAGUCUUGCGAGCUCCCAGAGCAUUACCAUGGCAACACUGUGGGAGCUCGCGAGACUUUUAUUACACAGUCUGCAGCUCUGCACCUGGCGGAGCUGCAGACCGGAGCGUUAAUCCACUGGACCACCAGGGAGAUACUGGACCACCAGGAAAUUCAGGUAGGACACAGCCCCCAGACCCUGCCCCCCUCCCCAUGUAACCCCUUUUCUCCUUGCACCCUCCCAUCCCCCCCCUGUAUCCCCUUCGCUUCCUGCCCACACUGUAACCCUUUCUGGCCCUUCACUCCCUGCUCCCCCGUAUCCCCUUCACUCCCUACCCCCUUGUAUCCCCUUCACUCCCUGCCCUCCUCCCCCCACUGUAACCCCUUCACUCCCUGCCCCCUCCCACCCACACUGUAACCUCUUUACUCCCUGCCCCCUCCCCCCUGUAACCCCUUCACUCCCUGCCCCCACUGUAACCCCUUCACCCUGCCCCUCCACCCACACUGUAACCCCUUCACUCCCUGCCCCCAUAACCCCUUCCUCCCUGCCCCCAUAACCCUACUGUACCCCUUCUCUGCCUACCCCCACUGUAACCCCUUCUCCCCUGCCCUCUAACCCCUUGUCUCCCUGCCCCUCUCCCCACACUUUAUCCCCUUCUCUCCCUGCCCCUCUCCCCACACUGUACCCCCUUCUCUCCCUUCCCCCUCCCCGCACUGAAACCCUUUCUCCACCUGCCUGCCCACUGUAACCCUUUCUCUUCCUGCCUGCCCACUGUAACCCUUUCUCACCCUGCCCUCACACUGCCCCCCACACUGUUACCAGUACACACACUCCCUCCCACACUGUAACCCUCACCUACUGUCUCUGCGUGUCCUUUUGUGUCAGUGUGUGUGUGUAUUUGUGUGUCUGUGUGUAUCUGUGUACAUGAAUGUCUGUAUCUGUGUGGGGAAAACUAGGUGUCAUUGUGCGUAUCGCUGUGUCAAUGUGUGUAUUUGUGUGUCUGUGUGUGUGUAUAUACACUGCACACAUACUCCAUACAAUAAACAUGCUUACAUUCAAACACACAUUGUGUAUAUUUAUAUUUUAUAAACACAAUAUACACACACUGCAUCCACUACACACACACAGCAAUCAAACGCAAAUAUUAUAUACAAACACACCCCUGCAUUAAAACACUAAAAUGAUCUACAAACACCCCUGCAUUCAGAAGCAAACAUUACAAACAAGUACACCACUACAUUCUAAUAGCAACAGUACAUACAAAUACACCCAUACAUGCACACAUAUACUUAAUACAAAAACAUGCUUACAUUCAAACACUGCUCACAAAUAUAACCCUGCAAUGAUGUGCAAAUGGUAGAUCUCCAUCUGGCAUAGCAUUGUUGAAGUUCUCCGACAGAUGGAGGUCUACCUUUUGGCUACACUUUCACUAGAGGGGGGCCCAGAAAACAAACUUGCACCAGGGUCCUCUCUACAUUAGUUCUACCACUGGGAUAAUCAACGUGAGGUGCCUGAAUGAAAGAGCAGGACACAGCACUUCUGAUUCUGAGUCUGUGAGUAAGCAGUUGUAUGUCUCUAAAACUGAUUGCCAUGAUGUGCAAAGUUUCUGCCUCUAAAACUGCCAUGAUAUAUCAAAAUUAUGCCUCUAAAACUGCCAUGUUAUGCCAAUUUUAUGCAUCUAAAUCUGAUUGCCAUGGUGUGCCAAUUAUAUCCUUUUAAAACUGAUUGCCAUGGUCUGCCAAUUGUAUACAUCUAAUGCAGAUUACCAUGAUGUGCCAAGUCUAUGCAUCUAAAAGUGAUUGCCAUGAUAUACCAAGUUUAUACAUCUAAAGUUGAUUGCCAUGGUGUGCCAAGUUUAUGUAUUUAAAGCUGCCAUGAUGUUCCAAUUGUAUGCCUCUAAAACUGAUUGCCAUGAUGUACCAAUUUUAUGCAUCUAAAGCUGAUUGCCAUGGUAUGCCAAUUGUAUACAUCUAAAGCGGAUUGCCAAUGUGUGCCAAUUUUGUGCCUCUAAAACUGAUUGCCACGGUGUGCCAAUUGUAUGCAUCUAAAGCAGAUUGCUAUAGUGUGCCAAUUUUAUGCAUCUAAAGCUGCCAUAAUGUUCCAAUUGUAUGCCUGUAAAGCUGAUUGCCAUGGUAUGCCAACUGUAUGUAUCUAAAGCGGAUUUCCACAGUGUGCCAAUUGUAUGCAUCUAAAGCGGAUUUCCACGGUAUGCCAAUUGUAUGCAUCUAAAGCGGAUUCCAAGGUAUGCCAAUUGUAUGCAUCUAAAGCGGAUUCCAAGUUGUGCCAAUUAUAUGCAUCUAAAGCGGAUUCCAAGGUGUGCCAAUUGUAUGCAUCUAAAGCAGAUUCCAAGGUGUGCCAAUUGUAUGCAUCUAAAGCGGAUUCCAAGGUGUGCCAAUUGUAUGCAUAUAAAGCGGAUUUCCAUGGUGUGCCAAUUGUAUGCAUCUAAAGCGGAUUCCGAGGUGUGCCAAUUGUAUGCAUCUAAAGCGGAUUCCAAGGUGUGCCAAUUGUAUGCAUCUAAAGCGGAUUGCUAUAGUUUGCCAAUUGUAUGCCUCUAAAGCUGUUUGCCAUGGUGUGCCAAUUUUAUUUCUUUAAAAGUAAUUGUCAUGGUGUGUCAAUUGUGUGCAUCUAAAGCGGAUUGCUAUGGUGUGCCAAUUGUAUUCCUCCAAAGCUUAUUGCCAUGGUGUUCACUUUUUAAAAUAUGCAUUAAAAGCAAGUGGGUCUCGAAAAAUUACUGUUUUGAAAAGUGGUUCUCGGCCCAUAAAAGUUUGGGAAGCCCUGCUCUAAUAUGUUAGGACAGAAACGAACAUUAGACGGAACUAUUUCCUUCUUGAAGGAAUCUGUAUGGUUUCUAAACAUAUUUGUUAGCAUUCUAGCACUUAUUUCUGUUCAUAGACACUUAUUCUCAAUUGGUGACCUAUAAUAGGUUUAAAUGUGUACUAAACAUUAACAUUUGCUCUGAAAAUGUAUUAGCAUUGCCUGAAAAGAUAACAAAAUCAUGUGUUAAAAAUAAAACUAUUUCUUUCCAAUGCAGCAUGAAAAUAGGUUUUGAAAAAAGAACAAAAUAAUUAAGCUCACACAGACAUAAUCUUUUGAAUAUGCUUUUGUAUAUUAUGUAAGGGAACAUUAAACAUUUUACCAUUCUGAGACUUCCUUUAAAGUUUAAGAUUUAGAAUUUUGUAUUUUGUUCAGAGAAUCAGUCUGGCUGAGAACAAGAGAACAAAGAUGGCAGGCAGUGGGGAGAAUAGUACGCUAACAUGUUGCUCAAGUUCUUAUUUAGAAAGGAAUUUCUUUGUUAGGUGACAAACAAAUUGCAGGCAUAUAAAAGAAGAAUAGCUCAGUCUUUGUGAUAAUACAAACUGUAUUGUACCAUGAAAAUGUCCUUUCUUUAGCACGACACAGUGGAUCCUUCAAUUUUCUUUUCAAUGAUUAUACUUCAAUGGCCCACUACGUUAUAUCAAAUCAAAAUAGUGUACACAGACUGUUCAUUCUUUAUACUGGAGCUUUCUGUAAGAUUGAACAGUGCAUGUAUGUGCGUGCAUGUUCGUGUGUGUGUGUGUGUGUGUGUCUGUGUGGGAGGAGGAGAAAGGGGGGUGGAGGAGCUGUUAGCUACUUUCUCAUCAUCUCUAGUGUUCCAUCCAUUACAAUUUUAAGGUAGUUGUCAUAAUUAUUCUAAUGCCUCCUCCUUUCUAUUUCAUAAAAAAAGCUGUGAUAGUAAAGUCUCUAUUAACACAAGGUUUUGCAGCAGGUUAGAAAUAGUUAUAUAAGGUAUAUUUGACAUUUUAGGCAUUUUAAUAUUUAUCAUGUGUCUACCAAUAAUUCAAUCACAUUUUAGAAAUAUUUCAAAAAAUCUUUUUAUGAAAAUGGAAGGAAAUGGAAUUGCAAGUUAUUCCUCAUAAUAAAGAGCUGGAGAUAAAGGAAUUUGCGGAAUGGAACAGGGGAUUAAAAAUAGGACAAUUGAUUGCUAAAUUUCUUAAUCUUAUCCAUUGUUGUAAAGAAGGUGGGCAUUUUGAAUAUUAAAUUUGAGUUGAUUUGGUCAAUAAUAAAUAUAUGUAAACUCUUUAUUUAUAAUUGUUUUUCCAUGUAAUCAUUCACUUAAGUAUAUUUCCCCUCUCAAUCUGAACUGCCUUAUAAUACUUUAUAUUACUUGUGUUAUUUUUAAUAAACAAGAUAUCUUUUUAUUUAUCUUGACUCUGUGGAACGCUUUAUAGACAAGGAAGUAAAACAAUACAAUUUUCUUUGUUAUUUUUUUGUGUGUGCUGAAUUACAAAAAUAUGUUGAUAUAUCAAUAAAUAAUUGAAUACCUUAUGCUAUUUUUUCUUUCAGUUGAUCGACCUGUCAGAGUGUACGCAGAUGGAAUAUUUGAUCUUUUCCACUCAGGUCACGCAAGAGCACUCAUGCAAGCCAAAAACUUGUUCCCUAACAGCUACCUACUAGUUGGAGGUAAAAUAUAAAAUUAAAGAUAUAGAUUGAUGAUAAAGAAAUAUGAAAAAAAAAUUAUAUUUACUCUCCAAAGUGCAGUGUCUGGAGCUUCAAUUGUAGUUGAGAGGGAGUCCUCAUUGAGCCAGCAGGGAGAUAAAAAAAAAAGCUGGCAGAAAAUAAUAUUGACUCUCUAAAUUGCAGCACCUGUGACUCUGGUUCUAGCUUUAAAGGGUGCACUUCUAGAGCCGGUAAACUAUAAUAUUAACUCUCUAAAGUGCAGGGCCUGGAGCUAUGGCUCCAGGUGUGAGGAUGCCCUACUUGUACUGGCAAAAAAUAAUAUUGACUCUCCCAAUUACAGGGCCUGGAGCUUCAAUUGUAGUUGCGAGGGAGUCCUCAUUGAGCCAGCAGGGAGAUAAAAAAAAAAAAAAAUGCAGAUCAUUUUAAAAGCUUCCUCAUUGUCAGUGGGGAAAGGUAAGCAGGAGAGAGGCCUCAAUAACAAAACAAGGCCUCAAUCACAAUAUAUCAUUUGAUAAGUAUCACAAAGUUAACACAAUCACAUCUAUUCAGUCUUUUUGUGCAGCUUGAUAAACCACAAACACUACAUUCACCUUACAAUAUUGAAUGAUGUUUGGAAGUCAUUUCACCAAAGGUUUACUGUUGAUAACUAAGAAUAGUUAUACUGUUAUCCUAAUAUAACUUUGUUAUACUAAUAUAACUUUAUUAAAAAAAAAACCCUAACAACAAAUACCCAUGUACAUUAUAGUCUAGAUAUCCUCUUUGAAAAUGCAUAAAGAAACCCACAGUUAUCAGGGUCCAUUCAGAUUACAACAGGUUUGAUGUCACACAUUUCCCGUAUUAUCAUCACUAAUGCACUAUAAAACGUUAAAGGAGCACUCUAAGUACCAUAACGUCUGUGUCAGCUAGUCGCUCUAAUCCAAUUAGCUAAUCCUCAGAAAAGCGAACAGAGUUCAUAUGUUCCAGCUGAGGAACUUCUGGUUCUCAUGAGAUUGUGGUGGAGGCAUUGAGCAGCAACCAGCAAACCCAAGUAAGAAGUGAAACCGGAAACUUCGGUUAGGCCCCAACGACCACAACCACACUAUCUCGCCUCACCACGGGAAAACACGACAACACAUGGACAAAUGACAGUAGAAAGCCAGAAAAUAAUGAUGAAGACAACUCGGCUUGACCCCGAUAAGUUUUAAAUGCAUACCGUAAUGUUGAAUUCAAAUUCAUAUUUCCUAUUUCAUAUUUCCUCUGCGCAGGAAACUGCUUCGCAUACAUAUGCUGUAUCAAUAACGAAAUAUUUUAAACAAAUCGGACACUCCUUCCACCUUAAAAAUAGUAAGGUGCGCUGUGUCUUUAAGACCCAAAAAUGUAUAAAGUGCAACUAAGUGCAAACAAAUUGAUAAAGUGCAAAGUGAUACAAAGUGCACUUAAAGUGUAAAAUAUCAAUAUAAAAUAUUAUACAUACAUAUGGCCUCUCGACUCCAAAUAUACAUAAAAAGGAAAAGAGACAUAAAAAAAAACAAUAGUGUGAAACCGUAUUAAAAUGGUAGUAUGGAUAAUAAAUGCCAAAUAUUGCACUCACAAAAGUAGAGCAGAAUAAGCCUGCUCUAGCUUUAACAGCUUCUUCAAAUGUAGGACUGCAUAGACGAAAAAAAUAUAUUCCAAAAUCUUUAUUGCCCAGCACAGCACCAAUAUAUCACCUUCCUCCACACUUAGUAUUCAGUUACAGAGCCUUCGGUAGCAUACAGCAUAAGGGUGUCGACCUGUCCCUCUGCGGUUUCGCCGCCGUAAUUGCCGUCUGUUGGCCGUCUGUUUCCUCAAACUUCCAGGGGGAGGAGCUUUCUCGGGUGCGUGACGUCAGGUGCGUAACUUAACGUGAUGACGCGUUUCGCCGUAUUCACGGCUUCAUCAGAUCUGCCCAUCCAUGUCCUUACAGUUCUUAUAUACCCAUCAUAAUGAGUACAUUCAGGUGACUGCCAUAUAAAGUCUGUUAUUUUGUUGCUGGCAUCAAUCAAAUCAAUUGCAUAUAUAUACACAAAAAAAGCAAUAUUACUUUAUUCGAAAAACAUCAUAAUUUAAAUACUUGCAUUAUUUAAACACAUAUAUAUAUAAAAACAUUGAAACAUAUAAUUUCCCAAAGAAACUUAUUUCAAGAGACAUAUUUAAGAAGACAUACUUAAAACCAUCAUUACCUUAAGAGAAUUGUUUAAACAGACACAUUUAAAGAAACAUGCUUAAAAAUACAUAAAUACAUAUUUAAAAAUACAUGCUAAUGACAUAACAAUAUAGCACCUCCUCCUAAUCUAAAUAUAAAAAGAGAAAAAUAUUAUACAUUAUGAGGAAUAGGAACAUAUUUAAUUAUACUAAAAAAACACAUCAGUAUUAACCUAAAAAAUUAAAUAAAUCAAAUUCUAUAUUGAGCCCCCUAGGUUCUAAAGUUUUUAGCCUAUGGACCCAUUUCAUUUCUUUUUUGCCUAUGUCAAUGAUAUGAUUACCCCCUCUCCAUGAUUUUUUCACUAUCUCUAUACCUAAGAAUGCCAGACCCCUAGGGUCUUUAUUGUGGUAUUUUUUAAAAUGGGCUGAAACACUAUGAUUAUCGUAACCCUUAGUAAUAUUAUUUACAUGCUCAUAUAUUCUUUUAUGUAGUGGGCGAAUUGUCCGUCCCACAUACUGUAAUCCACAUGGGCAUAUUAAUAAAUAAAUUACAUUUUUACUAAAACACGUAAUAAAAUUUUCAAUAGAAAACUCUGCAUCUUCCCUAUUUUUAAAUUUACUAACCCCCUUCAGAGUAGCAUUUUUACUGCACCUACAUCCUGCACACUUAUUACAAGAAUAAAAUCCUUUUUUAUUAUUAUCUAAAAAAGUUUUCGGAAUUUCUUUUUUAGGAUGAUUAAAAGUCAAAAUACGUUUAAAAUUUGGUGCUCCUCUAAAUGUAAUAAAAGGUUUCUCUGGAAUAAUUUUGCUGAGUUCAUUAUCUUUCUUUAAAAUAUGCCAGUGUUUAUUUACUAUUGAUUUCAUUCUAUUGCACUCUUGAUUAAAAUCAAAAACCAAGGGUAAUAUUAUUCCACUUUCUUUGUUUGAAUUUCCUACAUCCUUAUGAUUACUUAAUAACUGAUUAGGUUCUAAAUUUAUUGUUUCAUUAUACGCUUUUUCUAAAAUCUGUUGUGGAUACUUUUUUUGCUUAAACCUAUCUAAAAUUGUCUUGGCUUGUUCCUCAAAUUUAUCCUUGUCUGUACAAUUCCUCCUAAUUCUUUGUAAUUGGCCCUUAGGAAUAUUGUUAAGCCAAGGAGUAUAGUGGCCACUAUUAUAUAGAACGUAAUUGUUGGCAUCUACUUUUUUAAAAAAAUUUUUUGUUUUAAUCUCACCCUUUUCUAUAUAUAUUUCUAAAUCUAAAUAAUUAAUAUUAGACUUACUAAAAACACUAGUUAAAACUAUACCCCAAUUAUUAUUAUUUAAUCUUUCUAAAAAUGCCUUAAGAUCUUCUUCAUAUCCAUCCCAUAUAAAAAUUAAAUCGUCUAUAUAUCUAUGGUAUGAGACCAGGAUUGACCCCCAUUCCGGGCUAUCGUAUAUAUAUUUAUCUUCCCAACCUGACAUAUAUAAAUUCGCGUAACUGGGGGCAAACCUGGUCCCCAUAGCAGUUCCCUGGCACUGUAAGUAAAAAUGAGAAUUAAAUAAAAAAUAAUUAUUAUUUAAAAUCCAGUUAAUACUUUUAAUUAAAAAGUCUAUAUGUUCAUUUGAGAACUUCUUAGAUUUGUUAAGGCAUUCUUCUAUAACUUGACAACCUUGUACAUGGGGAAUAGAGGUGUAUAACGAAGAUACAUCACUUGUUACCAAUAUAUAUGAACUCUUCCAUUUAAUAUUAUUUAAAAAAUUGAUAACAUCUAAUGUAUCUUUUAAAUAAGAGGGUAUGACUUUAACUAAAUCCUGCAACCAUGUAUCUACAUAUUUGGAGAGAUUCGCUGAAAUCGAAAGUAUCCCUGAGACUAUAGGUCUCCCGGGAGGAUUCGUUUUAUCCUUAUGAACCUUGGGCAGGGUAUAGAAGACUGGCAUUCUCGGAAAAUCAGUAUGUAAAAAUUUAUAUUCGUCCUCGUUCAGAAUGCCAUCAUCCUUUCCCCUGUCCAAAAGUUCAUACAAAGAUUUCUUUAUUUCCUCUAUGGGAUCUUUUUCUAAGGUUUUAUAAACAUUUUUAUCAUGAAGCUGUCUAUAACACUCCUUUAUGUACAUCUCUGAAUCUUGCACUACUAUACUUCCCCCUUUAUCCGCUGGUUUUAUGAUGAUAGUUUUAUUGCUUCUUAAAUGUUGUAAAGCUUCUCUUUCUUCUUUAUUGAGAUUAUUCCUUCUAUUCUUAGUGCUUUUCUCUAAUUUCUCGAAAUCCUCUAUUACUGAUUUCUCAAAAAUAUCAAUAGCGCUAGUCCUAUAAUUCCUAGGAUAGAAAUUAGAUUUAUUUUUCAAAGUGGUAUGAGUAUUAUCUACCACCUUUUCUUUACAUUUGUUUAAAUAAAAAAACCUCUUUAAUGUUAAUCCCCUCGAAAAUUUCAACAUGUCUACAUAUGCAGAGAAAGAGUCAAAUUUACGGCUAGGGGCAAAUUUAAGCCCUUUAUCUAAUACUCUACAUUCAUAUGGAGAGAGUUGAUGUUUAGACAGAUUUAUUAUUCCAUCCAGUUUCCUAGUCAUUUCACCAAAGGUUUACUGUUGAUAACUAAGAAUAGUUAUACUGUUAUCCUAAUAUAACUUUGUUAUACUAAUAUAACUUUAUUAAAAAAAAAACCCUAACAACAAAUACCCAUGUACAUUAUAGUCUAGAUAUCCUCUUUGAAAAUGCAUAAAGAAACCCACAGUUAUCAGGGUCCAUUCAGAUUACAACAGGUUUGAUGUCACACAUUUCCCGUAUUAUCAUCACUAAUGCACUAUAAAACGUUAAAGGAGCACUCUAAGUACCAUAACGUCUGUGUCAGCUAGUCGCUCUAAUCCAAUUAGCUAAUCCUCAGAAAAGCGAACAGAGUUCAUAUGUUCCAGCUGAGGAACUUCUGGUUCUCAUGAGAUUGUGGUGGAGGCAUUGAGCAGCAACCAGCAAACCCAAGUAAGAAGUGAAACCGGAAACUUCGGUUAGGCCCCAACGACCACAACCACACUAUCUCGCCUCACCACGGGAAAACACGACAACACAUGGACAAAUGACAGUAGAAAGCCAGAAAAUAAUGAUGAAGACAACUCGGCUUGACCCCGAUAAGUUUUAAAUGCAUACCGUAAUGUUGAAUUCAAAUUCAUAUUUCCUAUUUCAUAUUUCCUCUGCGCAGGAAACUGCUUCGCAUACAUAUGCUGUAUCAAUAACGAAAUAUUUUAAACAAAUCGGACACUCCUUCCACCUUAAAAAUAGUAAGGUGCGCUGUGUCUUUAAGACCCAAAAAUGUAUAAAGUGCAACUAAGUGCAAACAAAUUGAUAAAGUGCAAAGUGAUACAAAGUGCACUUAAAGUGUAAAAUAUCAAUAUAAAAUAUUAUACAUACAUAUGGCCUCUCGACUCCAAAUAUACAUAAAAAGGAAAAGAGACAUAAAAAAAAACAAUAGUGUGAAACCGUAUUAAAAUGGUAGUAUGGAUAAUAAAUGCCAAAUAUUGCACUCACAAAAGUAGAGCAGAAUAAGCCUGCUCUAGCUUUAACAGCUUCUUCAAAUGUAGGACUGCAUAGACGAAAAAAAUAUAUUCCAAAAUCUUUAUUGCCCAGCACAGCACCAAUAUAUCACCUUCCUCCACACUUAGUAUUCAGUUACAGAGCCUUCGGUAGCAUACAGCAUAAGGGUGUCGGCCUGUCCCUCUGCGGUUUCGCCGCCGUAAUUGCCGUCUGUUGGCCGUCUGUUUCCUCAAACUUCCAGGGGGAGGAGCUUUCUCGGGUGCGUGACGUCAGGUGCGUAACUUAACGUGAUGACGCGUUUCGCCGUAUUCACGGCUUCAUCAGAUCUGCCCAUCCAUGUCCUUACAGUUCUUAUAUACCCAUCAUAAUGAGUACAUUCAGGUGACUGCCAUAUAAAGUCUGUUAUUUUGUUGCUGGCAUCAAUCAAAUCAAUUGCAUAUAUAUACACAAAAAAAGCAAUAUUACUUUAUUCGAAAAACAUCAUAAUUUAAAUACUUGCAUUAUUUAAACACAUAUAUAUAUAAAAACAUUGAAACAUAUAAUUUCCCAAAGAAACUUAUUUCAAGAGACAUAUUUAAGAAGACAUACUUAAAACCAUCAUUACCUUAAGAGAAUUGUUUAAACAAACACAUUUAAAGAAACAUGCUUAAAAAUACAUAAAUACAUAUUUAAAAAUACAUGCUAAUGACAUAACAAUAUAGCACCUCCUCCUAAUCUAAAUAUAAAAAGAGAAAAAUAUUAUACAUUAUGAGGAAUAGGAACAUAUUUAAUUAUACUAAAAAAACACAUCAGUAUUAACCUAAAAAAUUAAAUAAAUCAAAUUCUAUAUUGAGCCCCCUAGGUUCUAAAGUUUUUAGCCUAUGGACCCAUUUCAUUUCUUUUUUGCCUAUGUCAAUGAUAUGAUUACCCCCUCUCCAUGAUUUUUUCACUAUCUCUAUACCUAAGAAUGCCAGACCCCUAGGGUCUUUAUUGUGGUAUUUUUUAAAAUGGGCUGAAACACUAUGAUUAUCGUAACCCUUAGUAAUAUUAUUUACAUGCUCAUAUAUUCUUUUAUGUAGUGGGCGAAUUGUCCGUCCCACAUACUGUAAUCCACAUGGGCAUAUUAAUAAAUAAAUUACAUUUUUACUAAAACACGUAAUAAAAUUUUCAAUAGAAAACUCUGCAUCUUCCCUAUUUUUAAAUUUACUAACCCCCUUCAGAGUAGCAUUUUUACUGCACCUACAUCCUGCACACUUAUUACAAGAAUAAAAUCCUUUUUUAUUAUUAUCUAAAAAAGUUUUCGGAAUUUCUUUUUUAGGAUGAUUAAAAGUCAAAAUACGUUUAAAAUUUGGUGCUCCUCUAAAUGUAAUAAAAGGUUUCUCUGGAAUAAUUUUGCUGAGUUCAUUAUCUUUCUUUAAAAUAUGCCAGUGUUUAUUUACUAUUGAUUUCAUUCUAUUGCACUCUUGAUUAAAAUCAAAAACCAAGGGUAAUAUUAUUCCACUUUCUUUGUUUGAAUUUCCUACAUCCUUAUGAUUACUUAAUAACUGAUUAGGUUCUAAAUUUAUUGUUUCAUUAUACGCUUUUUCUAAAAUCUGUUGUGGAUACUUUUUUUGCUUAAACCUAUCUAAAAUUGUCUUGGCUUGUUCCUCAAAUUUAUCCUUGUCUGUACAAUUCCUCCUAAUUCUUUGUAAUUGGCCCUUAGGAAUAUUGUUAAGCCAAGGAGUAUAGUGGCCACUAUUAUAUAGAACGUAAUUGUUGGCAUCUACUUUUUUAAAAAAAUUUUUUGUUUUAAUCUCACCCUUUUCUAUAUAUAUUUCUAAAUCUAAAUAAUUAAUAUUAGACUUACUAAAAACACUAGUUAAAACUAUACCCCAAUUAUUAUUAUUUAAUCUUUCUAAAAAUGCCUUAAGAUCUUCUUCAUAUCCAUCCCAUAUAAAAAUUAAAUCGUCUAUAUAUCUAUGGUAUGAGACCAGGAUUGACCCCCAUUCCGGGCUAUCGUAUAUAUAUUUAUCUUCCCAACCUGACAUAUAUAAAUUCGCGUAACUGGGGGCAAACCUGGUCCCCAUAGCAGUUCCCUGGCACUGUAAGUAAAAAUGAGAAUUAAAUAAAAAAUAAUUAUUAUUUAAAAUCCAGUUAAUACUUUUAAUUAAAAAGUCUAUAUGUUCAUUUGAGAACUUCUUAGAUUUGUUAAGGCAUUCUUCUAUAACUUGACAACCUUGUACAUGGGGAAUAGAGGUGUAUAACGAAGAUACAUCACUUGUUACCAAUAUAUAUGAACUCUUCCAUUUAAUAUUAUUUAAAAAAUUGAUAACAUCUAAUGUAUCUUUUAAAUAAGAGGGUAUGACUUUAACUAAAUCCUGCAACCAUGUAUCUACAUAUUUGGAGAGAUUCGCUGAAAUCGAAAGUAUCCCUGAGACUAUAGGUCUCCCGGGAGGAUUCGUUUUAUCCUUAUGAACCUUGGGCAGGGUAUAGAAGACUGGCAUUCUCGGAAAAUCAGUAUGUAAAAAUUUAUAUUCGUCCUCGUUCAGAAUGCCAUCAUCCUUUCCCCUGUCCAAAAGUUCAUACAAAGAUUUCUUUAUUUCCUCUAUGGGAUCUUUUUCUAAGGUUUUAUAAACAUUUUUAUCAUGAAGCUGUCUAUAACACUCCUUUAUGUACAUCUCUGAAUCUUGCACUACUAUACUUCCCCCUUUAUCCGCUGGUUUUAUGAUGAUAGUUUUAUUGCUUCUUAAAUGUUGUAAAGCUUCUCUUUCUUCUUUAUUGAGAUUAUUCCUUCUAUUCUUAGUGCUUUUCUCUAAUUUCUCGAAAUCCUCUAUUACUGAUUUCUCAAAAAUAUCAAUAGCGCUAGUCCUAUAAUUCCUAGGAUAGAAAUUAGAUUUAUUUUUCAAAGUGGUAUGAGUAUUAUCUACCACCUUUUCUUUACAUUUGUUUAAAUAAAAAAACCUCUUUAAUGUUAAUCCCCUCGAAAAUUUCAACAUGUCUACAUAUGCAGAGAAAGAGUCAAAUUUACGGCUAGGGGCAAAUUUAAGCCCUUUAUCUAAUACUCUACAUUCAUAUGGAGAGAGUUGAUGUUUAGACAGAUUUAUUAUUCCAUCCAGUUUCCUAGUCAUUUCACCAAAGGUUUACUGUUGAUAACUAAGAAUAGUUAUACUGUUAUCCUAAUAUAACUUUGUUAUACUAAUAUAACUUUAUUAAAAAAAAAACCCUAACAACAAAUACCCAUGUACAUUAUAGUCUAGAUAUCCUCUUUGAAAAUGCAUAAAGAAACCCACAGUUAUCAGGGUCCAUUCAGAUUACAACAGGUUUGAUGUCACACAUUUCCCGUAUUAUCAUCACUAAUGCACUAUAAAACGUUAAAGGAGCACUCUAAGUACCAUAACGUCUGUGUCAGCUAGUCGCUCUAAUCCAAUUAGCUAAUCCUCAGAAAAGCGAACAGAGUUCAUAUGUUCCAGCUGAGGAACUUCUGGUUCUCAUGAGAUUGUGGUGGAGGCAUUGAGCAGCAACCAGCAAACCCAAGUAAGAAGUGAAACCGGAAACUUCGGUUAGGCCCCAACGACCACAACCACACUAUCUCGCCUCACCACGGGAAAACACGACAACACAUGGACAAAUGACAGUAGAAAGCCAGAAAAUAAUGAUGAAGACAACUCGGCUUGACCCCGAUAAGUUUUAAAUGCAUACCGUAAUGUUGAAUUCAAAUUCAUAUUUCCUAUUUCAUAUUUCCUCUGCGCAGGAAACUGCUUCGCAUACAUAUGCUGUAUCAAUAACGAAAUAUUUUAAACAAAUCGGACACUCCUUCCACCUUAAUUAAAACAAAGCUCAGAUAUUACCAAUAUGUUAUGACUUUGGGCUUGUACUUAACCUUGCAAACCCAGCAUGUUAAUACUGAGAUUGUGUGAUUGGCAGUGACAAAAGUUAAGCCUGGUUCCAAGUUGAUUAUGAUUACCAGCAAAAACAAAUAUUUUUGGAUUGUGAUCAUAUUGAAAAAAUGCUUUUUUUUAUUGUGAGUUAAUGGAAAGGAAAUAAUAUAACAGUAUGAGUGUACUCAUAGUAUAUGUCAGUUUGCAGUGAUGAACUAACACACAAGUACAAAGGAUUCACGGUGAUGAAUGAAAGUGAGAGAUACGAAGCUCUGCGCCACUGCCGUUAUGUGGAUGAAGUUAUCACUGAUGCCCCAUGGACCUUAACUCCAGAGUUCUUAGAAAAACAUAAGGUACCACAUAUGAUAUUUAAUCACUUUCUGCAUGGUCUUACUUUGCACCUUUAAAAGUAAAACACAUUGCUAUGUUUUUUUCUGCAUUAUUAUUAUUAUAAUUAUUACAUUAUUUAUACACUUCCCAUUAUAUUUUCCAACACUAUACAAUGGACAAGAAAGCAAGUACAUGAUGGCAAAUGCAUUUAAACACUCACAGGGUUAUUAAAAAGUGGGAAUUGUCAGGACUUCAAAGUGAAAUUUAGGACAAACGGUAAAACCGAAAACAUAACUGACAUUGAAUACCUUCCUGAUUUGGCUAUUUUGGAUCAACAUUUAACAGGUAGGCGCUAAUAACCUGAGUAAUAUUUAACAUUUUUAAUACUUUAGUUAUUUUUUAUAGAUUGAUUUUUUUUUUACAUGAAAUAUAUUUUUUGAUAUAAAAAAAAAAACAAUUAAAAAGUGCAUCCAAAAAAAUAUUAAAUCAUUUGAAAAGCUUAUCCAAAAAUAUAAAAUCUGGGCCCUAGUUGGAAUUUCCAGUAAUUCACACUUUAGUGAAUACUGCUUAAAAUAGCUUCCAGUCUAUAAUUCUUAUAUUAAACCAUACGAUUGUGCAUUUUACAGGUAAAAUAUAUUUCCAUAAAAUUAAUAUUUUUAUUUUGGUAAAAUGAUUGCUGAUAAAUACAUUAGUUAAUUAGCUUAAAUCAUGCCUGUAGAAUAAUAAAAAUAACAGACUCCAAUGAACAAUAGUACUCUUAUUAACAGAACAUGAGCAAUUUGAGAGUGUAAGCACCACUCCCAAACUUGAGGACUAAAAAAAGGUGAAAAGUUAUUAUGAAAAUGGAGGAGGAGGGGAAAGAGCAUAGGUAAUACCACCACAGUUGUUUUCCACCUUCGCCAAUGUACGGGAGUUGUUUUGGCAACAUCAUACAAAUAUACAUUUGUGUUGCAUUUUAUAUGUCAAAUAUAAUUGCAUUGCCAUAUCUUAGAAAUUAAAGAUCAGGUAGAUUCAUCACAUCCAUCAUGGGAUCAGGAGAUAGUCUAAGAAUAUUUACAGGGAAUAGAAAUAAUACAAACAUAAUGUGGCAUGUACAGUGGCGUACACACGAUCCAUGGGGCCCCGGUGCGAAAAUUGAUCCGUGGGCCCAACCCCCGCGCUAUCUCUGCACGCACUGGGGCCGCAUCACAUGGCGGCGGGUACCUGGUCACAGGGGUCUCACGGCUGCAACUCCUGCAACCACGGUAUGUAUGCCACUGCAUACAGAUACAUACACUUAAAGGACCACUAUAGGCACUGAGAACACUUCAGCUCAAUGAAAUGGUCUGGGUGCCAGGUCCCUCUAGUUUUAACCCUGCAGCUGAAAACAUAGCAGUUUCAGAAAAACUGCUAUUGUUCACUGAGGGUUAAUCCAGCCUCUAGUAGCCGUCUCACUGACAGCCGCUAGAGGCGCUUCCGUGAUUCUCAAGACCCCGGAUGUCCAUAGGAAAUCAUUGAGUAAUGCUUUCCUAUGAACGGUUUGAAUGUGCGCCCGGCUCUUGCCGCGCAUGCGUAUUCGGAGCUGAGAGGCGGAUAGGGGCAGAAAGAUCCCCGGCCCUGGAAAAAGGUAAGUGCUGAAUGGGUUUUGACCACACACACACACUCUCACGAACAGACGCAGACACACUAGCUAACAGACACACACAUUUACUUACAGACACACACUCAGUGACAGACAUACAUACACACUCACAUACAAAACAUAUACACUCACCGACAAACACACACUCACUAACAGACACCAGACUCACUAACAGACACACACUAACAGACACACACAAACUAACAUGCACAGUAACAGACACACACAGUAACACACUCACUGACACACACACUAACACACACACACAAAAACUAACACACUCACUGACACACUAGCAGACACACACUCAAUAACAGACACACACAACUAACACACUCAGUAACAGACACAUACACACACACACAGUAACACACUGGCACACAAUAAUUCACACACACACUAACACACAUAUACACACACACACUCAUAUAUUUUUUUUAAAUUGCAUCCCCGAGCCUCCCUACCUUUGGGAGUGCUGAGGAGAUUCCCUGGGGUCCAGUGGGGCUGCUGGGCGGCCGGUCACUGCAGGCGCGCGAGGGAACACUGAUCCUCCUGUUCAGCUCCCUCGCGCGCCGCUGGACUUCCUUUUAUAGAGUAUAGGUGUGAUGUCACGCUUCUUCUUAAAGUGGCCACGUCAUCAUUGCGAUCCUAAUCUAUUUUUAUUCGCAAUGAUGACGUGGACCAAUCAGUAAGCAGGCAUGCUUUGGUCCAUAUUCUUUGCCCUAUUGUGAUUUCUGAAUAUAUCCUGGCUUUGUGCUUCUAGUGAUUCCCUAGUGAUUUUCUGUGUUUGACCUCGGCUUCGUAUUUGAACUUGGGAUUUCUGGUAUCCUGAUUCGGUUUUAUAUUGACCUUGUGAUUUCUGAUAUUCUGACCUAGGCUUUGUAUUUGACUGGUAUGUUCUGGUAUCCUGACCCAGUUUUGUCUUGACUUUGUGUAUUUCUGUAUCUUUGACCUUGAUUCUUGCUAUAUUAAUAUGUUAAGUCCAGCCACUCUAAGGCUCGGUAAUACUCCUUUUAGAUCCACCUUUUAUGGGUUUCCUCUUUUCUGCUCCCAUGACACAUAACUUCCGUAUUAUAGGAUAAUCCAUGUAAAUUGUUCUUAUAAUGAACAUUUAAAGUUGCGGAAAGGUAUCAUCAAACAGGCAGCAGGGCUGUUUUACAAAAAUUCCACAAGUCAAUUCUAUUUUUAGUUUGACUAUUAUGGCCUUAAAGGGGUACUAUCGUGGCAGGAACACAAACAUGUAUUCCUGACACUAUAGUUCUAAUAUCACUAAUUAAGCUCUCAGCCUCCCUGUCUGGAAAGUUAAAGGAAUACAACUUAACUUUUGCCAGUGCCUUGCUUCUGGCCCACCCCCGAUCCACCACCUUGGCUGACAUCAUCAGAACUGAAUCAGUGCAUCUCUAUUAAGAAAGUUCAGUGUCUCACUGUCACUGGGUAGCACUGACCCAGGAAGCACCUCUAGUGGCCAACUGACGAGUGGCCACUAAAGGUGUUCCUAGGCUGUAAUGUAAAUACUGCCUUUUCACAGAAAAGGCAGUGUUUACAUUAACAUGCCUGCAGGGACUGACUAUACACACCAGAACAACUAAAUAAGCUGUAGUUGUACUGGUGACUAUAGUGUCCCUUUAAAUUUGAAUUGUACCAUGAAUUCCUAGCAAUUUUCACGUUACUGAAAAACCGUGAGGGUCUCAACUUAAUUAAAUAUGUAGUGAAUGGAAAAUUAUUGUGACAUUUUCACUCAUAAACAACACCCUCUCAGUGUCUGGCAACUAGAAAUUUCGAAUUAUGCCCAAAAUAGUUUUUACAGAAAAACAGUACUCCUCAUUUAAGCAAGACCAAGUGCCUAUCUGUAUGCUCCAUUCAUGGUAGAUAAAAAAUUGUUAAUAAGAUACAUAUCCAUGCCACAUAUUCUGACUGUCAUUUGGAGACAGCUAUUUCUCAUGCAUUCACUUGUAGGUGGUGCAUUGGUGAGGUUUUAUUUUAUCAUUUAAUGCCCUAUUGUUACUAACUAUAGAAUAACAGACCCCAUACCCUCGGCUUUACUAGAGCUUAUCCCACUUUUAAACCAGUGUUGGGUCACGGGUACCAAAUCACCAGGCACCAAUCAAAAACCAGGCACCUGCUUCAAAGACUACAAUGUUUUUAUCACCUACAUUGAAAGCCCUAUUGCUAUGUGCCAAACCCCGUAAUGCAAAAAAUGUUGUGAUACACGAGGUUCUAUAUAUUUACAGAUUGAUUUUGUUGCUCAUGAUGACAUUCCAUACUCUUCUGCUGGUUCAGAUGAUGUAUACAAGCAUAUAAAGGAAGCAGGUAAGGUAUUUGAUUAGUCCUAUGCAUUUUCAUUUGCAUCCGCUUCAUGUACAGGGUUACUGAGAAAGUAGUAUCAUAAAUACCAAAUAUUUACAGACGGAAAUUAAGCACUCAGAUGCUUCCGCUGCUCUGUGCCCCCUGAUGUUAUGAGCCUUUUAUAUUACAGUUUUAAAAAUGUUAAUUUCAAACAGUCACCACAUUUUUAAAGCAGGUGGUUUGAAUUGAAAUGCGGUUACCUGAGAAUCAUAGGCUCUUUAAAAAAUCCACAGCUACUGUUUGACAAUUUACUGCAGUUCUACAUUUUACUAUAUCUUUUUAUACCACAUGCAUUAAACAGUCAGAUAUACAUCAAAGGAUGUCUGAAGAUUAUAAAACAGCACAUUUCAACUAGAGCCUAAAUAACGGAGGACAUUCAGUGUUUUAUCUGAUUUUCCAUGACAGGCAUGUUUGUACCAACGCAGAGGACAGAAGGUAUCUCUACAUCCGACAUAAUCACUAGAAUUGUACGAGAUUAUGAUGUUUAUGCCAGACGUAACCUUCAGAGAGGAUAUACUGCAAAAGAGCUAAAUGUUAGUUACAUAAAUGUAAGUAUAAAGACUGCUGUUAAACUGGAUUAAUUCAUGUGCUUUUUUCAAAGUCUUUCAGCUGGUUUUAUUUUUCCUACAUGCAUUUACAAUAUAAACCCUUAGCAUGCAUCAUUCCAAUCUAUGUUGACCAUGGGCUAUUCAAAAUACAAAUCACUAUUACAUUCAUUCUGGCUAGUAUAGAUAGAAAUCUCUGUUUAGAGCAUAGAACGCUGUAUCAAAAUCAGGUAUAAGUAGAUAUAUUUGAUAUUUCAAAAUGUGCCUUGUUUUGACCUAUUGCUAAGAAAUAGUUUAUUUUACCUGUUUAUUCAUCAUUAAGACCCAGACUCACCUCUCUGCUCUUAUUUUUGAAAAAAAAAAAAAAAAAAAGUAUAUCCUGUUCUUCAUUUAGGAGCAAGGGAUGGAUAGUCCAGUAGUCCUCAGUAAAUUAUUUCACCCACUCCCUGGGUGUCCAAGACUCUGGUACCAUCUUUUCGUCUCUGCUGAGUUCCUAUAUACCCCACCUUGUUUUAAUAAAACUAUUGUUUAAAUCCUUACACCCCACUGUAAAAGAAUAUACACAUAAAUGUUUCUUGCUAUAUUUUUUUUUUUUUUUAAUUCUUUAUUUUUGUUGUGCACAAUAGUAACAAGUAGCCCUGGUGCGCCACAACAGCGGCAUCAGGAUAGGUUGGAAAACAUUUGCUAUACAGGUUGUGACAUAUGCUAGUCAGGCACAAAUUUUAGGUUAUUACAAUUAUCAAUUCAACAGUGUAGUUCUCGCUUUUGCUAUUAUAAAACAUCAUUAAAACAAUAUUGAGGCAUCGCUUGGAACAGUGCAAUAGAUGUUGUUUUAAGAUACUAAUUCGUAGCUCAAGCUAUUUCGUUUAGACUAUUUUGCUGCUGGGUAUGUGGUAACAUGCUAAUCUACUGUAUCUUAACUACAUGUGGACAUAAAAGUGACUAUCUGGCCCUGAGCUAAACAAAAAAAAAAAUAACUAGGUAGUCUGUGGCAUACUUCACGGCAUCUCUGUGUACCUAGGCUAUAAGUUUGCCAGCAUUGUCCGCUUAAACACUUAGUCCAUGCAGUGCUAGUUAUAUUUACUAGUCGUGGGUAGUCCAUAUGUUGAUGGUUGUUGCCGGCUGUGAACGUGCCCUCCAGAUGCAAGUGUGCCAUGAUUACUUGAGAGGCACAGAGGCAGGCUCUUCAUCCGAUGCCCAGUGCAUGAACGUGUCUCUUGCUGUCAACGUUGGUCUCCUUGAAGGCGUCCGCCCCGGGGUCCAGCUCCAGUGGUGUUCAGUGGGGUGUUCAGCCAUGCAGCUCCCCGGUUUGCAGCUGUGACUUGGAGGCAUGGAGGUGAGCUUUGCUGGACGCCGCUUCCCGUCGCCGGUGAAUAGCUUAUGUGGGAGGCUGCUUUGGUAGUCUCGUUCUUGUGAGUGUGUGCUUUCUCCUGCUGCUUGGUGGUGUUUUGCACCUUUGGGCUCGUCGGGAUUUGCAGGGUCUGGCUGCCGUUCUGGUUGCUUGUGGUGGAUGCCUAUAAUGGCGCCGCCGGGUCACUGGACGCAUCCAUGUGGCCACUAGUUUCACCGCCAGACGGUAAGUUAUUCCACGGUCGCUCAGCAAGGUCCAGAGGCUCGCGCAGAAUCGGUCGAAUUCCCCCAGGGGGUUCGAGGUUGGUUGAGUGCGUAUGCUUGGUUUGUGGGGCCCUCGCUGGACGGCCAUCUUAGCUGUUUCCCAGUGACCCGAUGCCGUUUCUUGCUAUAUUCAGUUAAAGCAACUGUUACAUUGAAACUUUAUAUUCUUCCCAAAAACAUGGUCCAAACAUGGACAUAACAAUUUAAGGUUAUGUGGAGGGAUCAUUAUAAUCUAUAAUCAUCGGCUCCCCACCAUCCUUCUUCAUACCCCCCAUGAUGAAUAUUUUUUGUUAAAUGUAAGUAAUAUUCUAAAUCAGAAUGUUAUCAACAAAUAGACUGACAUUGGUCCUUUUAAUUUUUACUAGACAUCUGGUAUUAGUUACUGGGCAUGCCCCUGGCAUACCAUUACCUUAAGAAGCAUGGUUGGUAGUAAUAUCGCCAGAAAGAGUGGACAUCCCCUUAAUACUCUAACGAAGGACAGAGUUGCCACGUUCAUAAGCCACAGUAAAUGGGACCCCAACCCACACUUUAAUAGUACACAAUCUACUUGAUAAAUAUGGAGUCACGUGUUUAACAAUCCCCCAUUCCCCCGCCAGGAGUUAACUUUAUAGCUCUAAUAGAAAAAUACUGUCCCUCAGAGUUAUCUCCCUGCAAAUUGCCAUUUAAGUGACCUCGUGUUAAGAGCAUGUACUUACCCAAUUACAGAUCACUGCAUUUCCCAAAGAUAAUGACUAAUGCAAUUGUAAUGUGUAUAGAUUGCUAGGCAAACCACUUUGAUAAUCAGUUUGGCAAGCAUGUGCUACCACUCGAAGGUCACUUAAAGGGUCACUCCAGACCCCUAAACAACUUUAGCUUGCUGAAAAGCUUUAUGUAUGAAGAGUGUGUCCUCUUUUUUUCAUUUUGCAAAAAGUGCAGAUCUCAACAGAAACACCCCCUUGGCUUUCAAGCAGACAAUAGGUAAUGUUACUUCCUGGUUUCGUUAGCUCAAUGCAGCUGACCUCAAGAGGCAGCAAUUUCCCAGAGCACCUGCCUUACAAAGACUUCCCAUUGAGCUGCAUUGGGAAGUCUGUGAUUGGAUAGCCUCAGAAAGUCUGGGCGAGGUUAGAAGGGAAGAGCUUGCAAAGGAAGCAGACAAGAGAAAAAAAGAGAGUAAGUGCUAAUUAACAGUUGGGCAGCGACCCUAGAAGGGAGAUCCCUCCAAACCCUUCGGAAACAAAGAUAGUGGGAAAAAUAGGGAUAUGGGCUGCGCCAAUUUCUAUAACAAAAUAUAAUGAUCAGUGAAAAUCACAACAUAAAAUAAGUAAAAAUCACAACACAUAAAAUAAGUAAAAAAUUCAAAUAUCAGUAAAAAAAAGUCCAAUAAAAAGGAUCUUACUCAGAUCAAAUAUAGAAUAAGGUGCUUAAACAUAAGUAAUUUACUCAGUGUCUUUUUCCAUAUGAAUCUACUCAUAUGAAAGACAAAAAACAGAUAAAAAGAACCAAUAUGUAUAUAGAUGGAAUAAAUGGGAAUAAGCUCACAUUUAGUAGAGCUAUAGCUAGCUCUAGUGUGAAGAGCGUGGGUUUCUUCCUUCUGGGAUUUCUUGGAGUGCAGGAUAAUAAAAAUGCCAGUUAAAAAUCAAGUGUAUAAAAAAGGCACCAGGGAAGUAAGCCAAAAAAUCUUUAUUACAAUACACAAUUAAAAAAUCCACAAACGCGUUUCACCUCAGGGCUUUAUCAAAAUGGAAUAACACAUAAUACGUGGCUGUAUGAGGUUAAAUAGGGAGACAAAUUAUUAAAUUUGGCGCCAAAACUAAGAACAGCCAAUCACAGUACACAUAGUGAAAUACAACUUAAAAUAGGCUAAAACAUACCGGUAUAUAGGUAGUAAACAGAGUAGUUGUAGUACUUAGGUAUUUAAUUUAAGUGAUUUAUUGUGAUCAUGUGACUAUUUUUUUUCCUCUCUUUAUUAGCAAAUGAUAACAAAUAACAUUUAUGAGGAUUACAUAUAUGAAUGGUUAUAAAUAUAUGUGAGGGCUAUAAUUAAUAAAGGAAUAUAACAAGGUAAAAUAAAAAUAAAUAAAACCAAAAAAAAAGCAGAUGAUAGAGAUAAAACAAUUAAAACACUAAAUAACUAGAACAAUAAAACAAUAAAAAUAGCAGAUGAUAGAGGUAAACAUGCAUACAUUUCAUGAACAUUUUACAGAAAAUUAUGUAAAUCAAAAUCUGCAAUAGGCCAUGGGGUAUAAGGGUCUGUAGCUUGUAUACCCAUUCCAUUUCUGUUUUACCAAGAAUAUUUGUUAUAUCCCUACCUCUCCAGGGUAUAGUACAUGUUUUGAUACCUAUACAUUUUAACAGUUGUGGGUCUUUAUUGUAAUAAAAUGUUUCGAUGCUGAAUGAUUCAAGUAUCCAUUUUUAAUAUUCCUGCACUGUUCACUUAAUCUAAUUUUAAGCACCUUGUAGCCAUUCCAACAUACUGGAAGCCAUAGGGGCAUUCAAGCAGAUAUAUUACAUUCUUUGUAUUGCAAUUAAUGAAAUCUUUUAUCUUAUAAACCCUUUUUGUCCUAUUAGAAGUGAAUUGAGUUACUUUGGAAGGUACCGUGGGGUCUGUACUUUGCAAAAUUUGCAUUUGCAAAAACCUAAUGUUUGGGGGGAAAAGGACAGAUUUUGUUUGUUUGGAGUUUCUCUAGUAAAAUUGGUAGUUAAAAUGGAUUUAAAAUUCAGUGCUUCUCUAAAUACUAUUUUGGGAUUUUCGGGUAUGAUUUGGCUGAGAGUCUCAUCUUGUUUGAAAAUGUGCCAAUGUUUCUUUAUGAUCUUUUUUUAUGUUUCUACUUUUAUUAUUAAAAUCAAAAAUAAUUUGGAGAGAUAAAGAUUCAUUGGUUUGUUUUGGCUUGUAUAUUAAAAGAUCAUUUCUAUCCUUUUGUUUAAUUGUAUCAAUAGUAUUUUUUAGGUCUGUUUCAGAGUAGUUUUUUUCGACAAAUUAGUUUUUUUUAAAUUCAACUUAAAAUCAAUCAGUGCGGAACAAUUUCUACAGAGAUGUAGAAAUUGGCUUUUUGGGGCACUAUCAAGCCAGGGUUUAUAAUGGCAGCGUGAUUUGUCUAUCGCAGUGUUUACACAGACUUUAAAAAAAAACAUUUUUGUAUGUAAUUGUCCAAUUUAAAUAUAAAUAUAUUCAAAUCUAAAAAAUCAAUCUGUUCCUUACUAUAUUCGUAUGUUAAAAUAGUGCCUCUAUUGUUAGUGUUCAGAUUGUCAAUGAAGUUAAUGAAGCUAUCCUCUGAACCUUCCCAAAUAAAAAAGAGAUCGUCAAUAUACCUAAAAUAUGAGACCAGGUUUGCCUUCCAAUCAUGGUUCCCAAAAAUGGUUUGAGAUUCCCAGUCAGCCAUAAACAAGUUGGCAUAACUGGCGGCAAACCUGGUUGGAGAUAAAAAGAAUUUAAAAACCAAAAGUAGUUAUUAUUUAAAAUUAUGUUAAUACCCUCUAAUAUCAAAUUAAUCUGUGUGUCGUGAAUUUUACCUUCUUUAAUUAGGGUGUCUUUAAUAGCUUAACAACCUAUAUUAUGGGGUAUGAUGGUAUAAAGAGACUGUACGUCACAGGUAACUAGCAUAAAAUUUGGUUUCCAUUUAAAAUUAUUUAAAAAUGUUAAUAACGACAUGGAGUCUUGUAGAUAUGACUUCAUUAGUUUGACGGAAGGUUGGAGAAGGGUGUCUAUAUACUGGGAGAGGUUGCAUAAAAUGGAGCCUAUACCUGACACAAUUGGUCUUCCUGGGGGUUUCUGUGCAUUUUUAUGUGUUUUGGGGAGAAAAUAUAUGACAGGAAUUAUAGGAAAUGUUUUGUUUAAAAAAUUGAACUCAUGUUUGUUUAAAAUAUUUUGUUCAAAACCUUUUUUUAAAAACUGGGAUAAAAUAUCUUGUAUAUUUUUAGUCGGGCCUGAUGAAAGUUUCUCAUGUACAUUGCUAUCACUGAGUUGCCUUUGUGGCUCUUCUAUGUACAUUGUACUAGAUUGGAUUACAAGUCGAAUUUGAGUAAUUUGAAUAUUCUUUGUAGUCAUUAGUGUACCGUGAUCUUUGAGGUUUGGGUGAUGGGUGUUUGUUGUGAUGUUUUGGUGAAUGUUGGAUAUUAUUGUAUGUUCGUUGUGAAGUUUUACGAUUGUGUGACGGUGAGUGACAUUGUUUAGCAGAGAAAUUCGGUACAAAACUGUGAUGAGAUCUGUGUUAAGAAACAUGGUAGUAAUUGGCUUGAGCUCUGUGUGGUCGCACUUUUUUGUGGUGAAUACUGAGAAGGUCGUCUUUUAACGAAAUUGUGAUAUUGGUGGGGUUUGUCAUACCCGAAAAUCCAAAUAUAGUUUUUAGAGAAGCACCCAAUUUUAAAUCCAUUUUAACUACCAAUUUUACUAGAGAAACUCCAAACGAACAAAAUCUGUCCUUUUUUCCCCCAAACCAUAGGUUUUUGCAAAUGCUAAUUUUUCAUAGUCUGUAAAACUACAGACCCCACGGUACCUUCCAAAGUAACUCAAUUCACAUCUAAUAGGACAAAAAGGGUUUAUAAGAUAAAAGAGUACAUGAAUUGCAAUACAAAGAAUGCAAUAUAUCUGCUUCAAUGCCCCUGUGGCUUCCAGUAUGUUGGAAUGAUCACAAGGUUCUUAAAAAUUAGAUUAAGUGAACACUGCAGGAAUAUUAAAAAUGGGUACUUGAAUCCACUGGCGUACAUACCGCGAUCGCAGGGGUCGCAGCUGCGACCGGGCCCGGCCAUCCAGGGAACCUGGCCGCCCUGCAACCAGGUAUGUACGCCAGUGCGGCCAUGGCCACAUUUUGCCCCCCGAGCUGGCAGUAGCGUCAUUUUGCGGGUGGGGGGGCAGGCGCGCGAGGGAGCAUUCUCCCCUGAGCUCUCUCUGCCCAGCUCCCUUGCGCGUACCGCAGUGAUGCAGGAGCUAGAAUAUGACGUUGCUCAGGCAUCAGUAAGCAGCGUGUGAGGGAGCCGAAAAGGAGGAUCAGUGCUCCCUCGCCGCCUGCAGGACCGACUGAACAGCAGCCCCACUGGACCCCAGGGAAAGGUAGGGAGGCUGGAGAAUUCAAUUUAAAAAAAAAUCUGAGUGUGUAUGUAUGUUAGUAUUAGUGUGUGUGUCAAUGUGUGUGUUACUGUGUGUGUGUGUGUGUGUGUGUGUGUCUGUUACUGAGUGUGUUAGUUGUGUGUUAGUUUGUGUGUCUGUUAUUGAGUGUGUGUCUGUUAGUGAGUGUGUUAGUUUUUGUGUGUCAGUGAAUGUGUGUGUGUGUCAGUGAGUGUGUUACUGUGUGUGUGUUAGUUGUGUCUUAGUUUGUGUGUGUCUGUUAGUGUGUUUCUGUUAUUAAGUCUAUUUGGUGUCUGUUAGUGAGUGUGUGUUUGUCAGUGAGUGUAUGUUUUGUAAGUGAGUGUGUAUGUGUGUCUGUCUGUCAGUGAGUGUGUAUGUAUGUCUGUCACUGAGUGUGUGUCUGUCAGUAAAUGUGUGUGUUUGUUAGCUAGUGUGUAUGCGUCUGUUCGUGAGAGUGUGUGUGUAUGUUUGUUUGUUAGUGAGUGUGUGUUUGUUAGUGAGAGUGUAUAUGUGUUUGUCAAUGAGUGUGUAUGUAUGUCUGUCACUGAGUGUGUGUCUGUCAGUAAAUGUGUGUGUUUGUUAGCUAGUGUGUAUGCGUCUGUUCGUGAGAGUGUGUGUGUAUGUUUGUUAGUGAGUGUGUGUUUGUUAGUGACAGUGUAUAUGUGUUUGUCAGUGAGUGUGUAUGUGGGUCUGUCACUAUGAGUGUGUGUCUGUAUGUGUUUAUGUAUGUGUAUCUUUGUGUGUGUCUGCAUGUGUGUGUGUGCCUGUAUGUGGGUCUAUAUGUGUAUCAUUGGUCUGCAUGGGUAUCUGUUUGUCUGUAUGUGUAGCUAAAUGUUUGUCAUUAAAGGACCACUAUAGUGCCAGGAAAACAAAGUCGUUUUCCUGGCACUAUAUAGUCCUUAGGUCCCCUCCACCCUCGUGGACCCCCUCCCGCUGGGCUGACGGGGUUAAAACCACUUCAGCACUUACCUUUCUACAGCACCGGGCUCCCUUGGCACUGGGGAUCUCUCUACCCUGAUCCAUCUCUUAGCUCCGAAUGUGCAUGCGUGGCAAGAGCCGCGCGCCCAUUCAAGCCGCCCAUAGGAAAGCAUUACUCAAGUCCUUGCAAGGACCUCGUGAUCACAUGGACGUUCAUAGCCGUCCAUAGCAAUGUCAGCAGGGGGAGUGCCUGCAAUAACAGGGACUCCCCCUGCUGCCUGUAAAUAGUAAAAUAAAUGUUAAAGUUACAGUUUAAAAUAAAAUAUAUACUUAGAUCAUAUAUAUACUUAUUAUAUAUAUGAUCUAAGUAUAAAUAUACACAUAUACAUACAUACAUACACAUACACUGUCUAAGUGUAUUUUAAUAUAUAUAUAUAUAUAUAUAUAAUUAUAUAUAUAUUAAUAUCAAAAUACUAGAAUGAUAUUGAUUAAAUAUAUAUAUAUAUAUAUAAUUAUCAUUAUAUAUUUAUAUAUAAUAUAAAAUAAAUAAAUAUGUAACUACGUUAAAAAAAAUUAAUAAAUAAAUAAAUAAUUAAAAAAUAUAUAUGUGUGUAAAUUCAUUCUAACUGUAUUUUAAAAUUUAUAUAUAUAUAUAUAUAUAUAUUGAUAUCAAAAUACAUGUAGAACAAAUAAUAUAUAUAUCUAUAGACAUACGUAUAUAUCACUAAAUAUAUACCUAUAUAUAAAUAAAAAUAAUUUGAAAAAAUUAUAUACAUAUAUCUAUAUAUAAAUAUAUAUAUAUAUAUAUAUACGUGUAUAUAUAUAAUAAUUCUACGUAUAUAUCUAUGUAAUCAUUUUACAUAAUUAGGUCAUUUUAUUAAUUACAAUUUGUGGGUCCUGCCUGAUAACUCAGGCCCAAAGUCCAAGGAAUUUAAUUUGCUAGCACUAUAUUUAACCCUGUAACUUUCCAAGACACCUUAAAACCUGUACAUGGGGGGUACUGUUUUACUUGGAACACUUCGCUGAACACAAAUAUUAGUGUUUCAAAACAGUAAAAUGUAUAACAACGAUGAUAUCGUCAGUGAAAGUGAAAUUUUUUGCAUUUUUCACACACAAAUGGCACGGACAAUAUAAUUGUUGUGAUAUGUUUUACUGUUUUGAAACACUAAUAUAUAUGUUUAGCGAAGUCUCCCGGGUAUAACAGUACCCCUCAUGUACAGGUUUUAUGGUGUUUUCAAAAGUUACAGAGUCAGAUAUAAGGCUUGCGUUUCCGUUUUUUCACAUUGAAAUUUGCCAGGUUGGUUAUGUUGCUUUUGAGACCGUAUGGUAGCCCAGAAAUGAAAAUUAUCCCCAUGAUGGCAUACCAUUUGCAAUAGUAGACAACCCAAGGUAUUGCAAAUGGGGUAUGUCCAGUCUUUUUUAGUAGCCACUUAGUCACAAACACUGGCCAAAAUUGGCGUUCAAAUUCGUUUUUUGCAUUUUUCACACACAAACAAAUAUUAACACUAACUUUGGCCAGUGUUUGCUAUACCGCAAGUAGAGGCAUGUCUAGUAAACACACUGUAAAAAAAAAACACGCCAGUACCCCCUCCUGAACCCCCACCUGUGCCGCGCGAGUGGGGACUAUGAAAAUGUCCCCCCCCCAAGGUGACUUGGGGUCCCCAAGCCCCUAGUCACCCCUCCCACCCAAAACAAAAAUUAAUAAACCCCUACCUACUCCCCUCACCCUAGAAAUAGUGUGGGGGUAAUAAAAUAACUAAGUACCUGUAAAGAAAAUAAUAAAACUUACCAUUUGAUGUCUUUUUUUCAAAACUAUCAAUUUUUCAGCCCCAGAAAAGGCCAAAUAAAAACCAUAAUACCCGCUGAACUUGUAAAAAAUGAAAUAAAAAAAAUGAAAGCAUAAAAAAAUCAGACGAAAUAAAAAUGUAGGGCACCCACCAGCCACUCAGGGUUGGGGGCCGUGGGGAGGACAAAAAAUGUACCCCCCGUUCUCAUUUAGGGCCCCCACAAGCUGCUCAGAGGUCGGGGCAUGGGGGAGGACAAUAGGUGACCCCCCAUUCUCAUUUACGGCCCCCACCCGGCCCUCAUGGAUGGCUGCUCACUAUUUAGUAGACAUGCCCCUACUCAUGGCACUGCUCCCUGCCGCUUCUAUCUAUACAUAUUACAAGGAGGGUGCUGUGCGACCGGGAACUCCCUCCUUGUAAUAAAGUGAAUGAACAAACACCGAAAUUCAGUGUUUGUUUGUUCGUCUGACAUUUCUAUUCAUUCAUUCGUCUUUCAGAUGAAUGAAUGAAUAGAUUAAAUUCUCGUUCACAUGCCCAAGUGUUUAAAUGGGCAUGCGCUAGAAUUUCACAGCGCUAUCUAGUGUGGGCAGAUGACGUUUCCCACAGGGCCUUCAUCUACCCACACAAGGAUGGCGGCGCCAGAACCUAGGUCGCGGCAGAAAAUAAAGUUUAAAAACUAGGUAAUAUGGGGGGCUUAGGGGAGUUAGAUGUAGUGGAGUUGGGAGGGGGGUUAAAAAAAAAACGGGAUUCAGCCAUGACAGUGCCGCUUUAAGGUCAAAAUACCUUUGCUGUUAAUUUGGUUACUCAGACCUAAAAUUUUCCAUUCACUUUGAAUUCUCACUAUAGUAAAUAACUGAAGUGGUAUUGGUGCCUGGAAGAACUUCUUAAGGUUAGCAAUAAAAAGCAUUUAUUAUAUUUACUUUUAAAGGGACACUAUAGUCACCAAUACAGCUUAAUGAUGCAGUUUUGGUGUAUAGAUCAUGCCCCUGCAGUCUCAUUGCUCAGUUCUCUGCAAUUUAGUAGUUAAGUAUCUUUGUUUAUGCUGCCCUAGGCACACCUCUCUGCAUGUGACUUACACAGCAUUCUUAAAGGACCACUCUAGGCACCCAGACCACUUCAGCUUAAUGAAGUGGUCUGGGUGCCAGGUCCUUCUAGGGUUAACCCAUUUUUUCAUAAUUAUAGCAGUUUCAGAGAAACUGCUAUAAUUAUGAAUGAGUUAAGCCUUCCCCCUAAUCCUCUAGUGGCUGUCUCAUUGACAGCCACUAGAGGCGCUUGCGUGCUUCUCACUGUGAUUUUCACAGUGAGAGCACGCAAGCGUCCAUAGGAAAGCAUUGCAAAUGCUUUCCUAUGCGACCGGCUGAAUGCACGCAGCUCUUGCCGCGCGUGCGCAUUCAGCCCAGGAGGAGGAACGGAGGAGGAGGAAGGAGGAGAGCUCUCCGCCCAGCGCUGGAAAAAGGUAAGUUUUUACCCCUUUCCCCCUUCCAGAGCCGGGCGGGAGGGGGACCCUGAGGGUGGGGGCACCCUCAGGGCACUAUAGUGCCAGGAAAACGAGUAUGUUUUCCUGGCACUAUAGUGGUCCUUUAAACACUUCCUUAAAGAGUCACCUGUUUACACUUCUUUUAUUGCAAAUUCUGUUUAAUUUAGAAUGUCUUAUCUCCUGCUUUUAUUUAAUAGUUUGAUAAAACCUACCGGAGUCUCCUGUGUGUAAUUAAAGUUCUAUUUACAGAGCAGGAGAUAAAAACUGUUUUUUUUUUUCAUGUAGGUUGUGUCAGUCACAGCCAGGGGAGGUGUGGCUAGGGCUGCAUAAACAGAAAGAAAAUUGUUUUAACUCAUAAAUGGAUGUUAAUUGAGCAGUGAAACUUCACAGGCAUAAUCUAUAAAAAAAAAAAACUGCUUCAUCAAUCUAACAUUGUUUUGGUGACUAUAGUGUCCCUUUAAUUCUUUUUGGUCUAGCGCUAUGGCACACUUAAUAUACAAAUAAUAUAUGAUAGUGUUAAUGAUCUAAGGCUUCUAUAUGCAGUACAAAUUAAAUACACUUUUUGUUCACAGUUACUCUGUCACAGCCCCCUUAUACAAACAAUCACCCUCAUACACAGACAACAGCUUCACAGACACAACACAGCCUCUCCAUACACACAAUGCACACAUCAAGACUACAAGCAGCAUCUCCAUACACACAGCACAAUGCAAACAACUUCCCCACACACAUACACUCCCAGACAGACAAAUAAUACACAUGCUCAAAGACACAGUGAAGCACAUGCUUACAGACAUACGGAAACACACACAAACACAGAUUUGCAUUCCAGGCACAGUCCACAUACACAAAGAUUAUAUAUAUAUAUAUAUAUAUAUAUAUAUAUAUUUAUUAACGGUAGAGUAAGAACAUUAUUAUAAUAUAUUUUUGGGGGAAAUGUCUACAAUGUUUGUGAAGCAUUUCAAAUGUAAAAUCUUCAUUUUUUUUUUCUUUAGGAGAAAAAAUAUAGGUUUCAAAACCAAGUGGACAAGAUGAAAGAAAAGGUGAAAAAUGUAGAAGAAAAAUCAAAAGAAUUUGUUUAUAAAGUGGAAGAAAAAAGCCAUGAUCUUAUUCAAAAGUGGGAAGAGAAAUCAAGGGAGUUUAUAGGAAAUUUCUUGGAGCUAUUUGGCCCAGAUGGAGCUUGGGUAGGAUACUGCUACUGCUAUACUACAAUAUGUGCUCAAAAAUGGUACAAGUAAAAUAAGAAAGAUAAGAGUACCCUAUUCACGCAAAAGCACAGAAUCACAGAAUGGCUUGCAUGCAACUGUAUUAUGUGGUUUUGUGCUAGACCUUAUAGAUGUACAAAGAUCUGUCAGUGAACUUAAUGUAAUAAUAUCUCACAAUCUACACUGAUCAACCACAACAUUAAAACCACCUGCCUAAUAUUAAUACUAAAAAACACACAAGUAAUAUUAUGGCGCUGGAUCAAUUAAUAAUAAUAAAUAUGUAAUAAGCAGCACUAUAUACAGUGAAAAAGCUCAAACACAUGUGACUAUACAAAACCAGAAGAGUAAAGUGCGCUGUGCCUUUAAGACCGAAAGGAGUUUUUAAACAAGUGGGAAUAAAAUGUGCAAUAUUAUAUAGCAAAAAAAAGUGACCAAGUGCAUUUGUGCAAAAACAACACUUGUAAAUCUAUACAAAGAUAGUGCAAUUUACAAUAAAAAUCUGAUGAAGCUGAGCAUAUCGGCGAAACGCGUCAUCACGGUUUGACGUAAUUACGUCAUCAAACUUAACGGCUGAAAGCCCCGCCUCCCGGAAGUGUUUGAUCGUGAAAGACUGUUCUUGGUACCCAGAGUCCAGCAAGCCGGCGCUAGACAAGUGGAACCUACAAGUCAUCACAGCACAGUGAAAGCGGAGGAUACACAAAAUAAAGGGACUUUACAGCCUGUGGAGCAGCUUUUAUCCUGAAAAGUGUCAAUAAAGAUUUCAACUGUCACCACAGCUUCCAGUUUGCAUAUGUUGCACAAGAUGCCAUCAAAGUUUAGAGCAGACUAAAUUGCUCUACCCUUGUGAGUGUUUUUGUUAAUAUUUUACAUAUAUAACAUUCAAACAUACUGUCCUAUGAUUGUAUAUUUCCCCCUUUUUUUGAGAUCUAUAUUGGAAUGCCGAUACAAGUUAAAGGUAUAUUCCAAAGUGGGAAAGCUAAGUACAUUUUUUUAUUGUAAAUUGCACUAUCUUUGUAUACAUUUACAAGUGUGUUUUUUGCACAAAUGCACUUGGUCACUUUUUUUGCUAUAUAAUAUAAUAACCACCCCCAGGAUCGGUGGUGGUGAUCCCCCUCCACCUGUGGGAGGCUACCCCAACUUAGCUGGAACACAGGGUGAAGUCAACAAGCCUGACAGGGUCUCCUGCAACACUCCCAACAUGGCGGAGACCGCAUGUUCCCCUACUACCAACAACGAGCAACCUGAUAUCCUGUCCAAGCAUGACUGUCUCUUUUUUAACUUUUGUUAGAAGCUGGAACGCAGGUUGUGCCAGCCAACCCCUAGCCACUCACCUCGAAAGCCAAAUCCAGAUGUCAAACGGGAGUCCUAAUCUCAGGCAGCAAACCAGACUCUAAUAUGGCGAUGGAUCGGGCACCACAGAUUGCUAAAGCAUGAAAGGCAAUACGGCCGCGGGAACAGACACAGUCCGGGCUUGAGCCACCCAUUCGCGGUAUAUGUGGUAAACCGCAGGCUAAAGCUUGUCCCUCCAGUUUUUGGACUGUCAGACUGUGUUUUGCCCAUGCAGGGUGUAGGGUGACCCGGGCCCUAGAAUUGAGCUACAUUGAGAUCCUUGUUGCCCCUAUCUCUCUGGGGGGUGGGGGGGGUGGGGGGGGUGAGGUGCAGGGCUUAUUGCAGCCAUUGGAUUUAGCUAAGUUUUGACCACUCUUUCCCUUUGUUUUUGAUUAUCAUUUCCUCACUGUUUAGCUUAACCUGUUGAUUUUUCCUUUGAGCAUUUAGUCAGCGUGGUGGUGGUGGUCGUGGUGGUGGUGGGGGUUGGGGCUCCUUGGGGAACCUGCUGUGUACACUCUUCAUGUCUUGAAAUCUCUAUGUUCAACAGCUUAUUUCCAGUAAAUUGAUAUGCAUGCAUAUCCUAAAUAUUAUAUACUAUAAAACGUGCCUUAGCCACAUAAUGUUGACCAACUGUUGUUAUACUAUGUGUUAUUCUGCACUUGCAUGUGCUGUUAAGGCAUUAUAAGCUCAAAUGUUGUUUUUAUUUCUAUGCACAAAAUAAAAAAAAAAUUAAAAAAAGGCUACUGCCAUUAGGGAACACCACUGCCAUGAAGGGAUUUAUGUGGUCUGCAACAAACUCUAGGUAGUAGGUAUUUGUCGAAGUAACAUGUCUGGACCCAAGGUCCCAGCAGAACAUUGCCCAGAGCAUAACACUGGCUCCGCUGGCCUGCUGUCUUUCCAUAGUGCAUCCUGCUGUCAUCUCUUCCCCAGGUAAACAAUGCAUAUGAUCUAAAAGAAAAUUUAAUUCAUCAGACCAGGCAACCUUCUUUCAUUACUCCAUGGUCCAGCUCUGACAAUCCCAUCCCCAUUGAAGGCACUUUCAGCAAUGGACAGGGGUCAUUAUGGGCACUUUGAGCAGUCUGCAGGUACACAGAGCCAUAUGCAACAUACUGCGAUGCACUGUGUGCUCUGACACCUUUCUAUCAUGGACAUCAUUAUGUUUUUCAGCAAUUUGAGCUUCAGUAGCUCUUCUGUGUGAUUGGACCAGAUGAGCUAGCCUUUGCUCACUAAGUGCAUAAGUGAGCCUUGGGCACCUAUGACCCUGACAUAGUUCACCAGUUGUCCUUUCUUGCACCACUUUUGGUAGGUACUAAUCACUCCACAAGACUCUUAGAGAUGCUCUGAGUUAGUUGUCUAUACACCACUAUUCGGACUUUGUGAAAGUCACUCAGGUCUUUUCACUUUCCCAUAUUUCCUGCAUCCAACACAUGAAAUUCAAGAACUGACUGUUCACUUGCUGCCUAGUAUAUUCCACCCCUUAACAGGUGCCAUUGUAAUUAAGUAAUCAAUGUUAUUCACUUCACCUCAGUGGUUUUAAUGUUGUGGCUAAUCAGUGUAUACACAUUAGUUAGUUCACCAGCACAAUGCAACGAUUCCAUAUUAUUAUGUACAUGAAGGGACAUAUUUGCUUAGAGACAUUGAGUGAAUGGUUGGUCCAUUUGAUGCAGUAACUAGUUAUAACUAUUAUACAUAAAUCUUAAAUGAACAUUAAAGGCACUAUAAUGACUUUAUCUCUAUGAAGCCGCAAUGGUGUUUGGAGGUCCUGUAUGCCUUCUUAUCUUGAGGGAUUAAACCAUUAAGGAACGAGUUAACGCUAAAAAUGCUCUCAUGAAUACUUUUCUAAUGUAUUUUCUCAAUGGGAGGCCAGUGAUAGGCUGAAAGUCUUAACUGACGUUCUCAGUCUAUCUCUGGUACCCAUGUAAAUGCUUUGCAUUAAAGCACUGGGUCAUGAAGGAGGCAGAGGGGCCACGAGGGUGGAGAGUACUUUGGGGUUAAACCAAUGGUUUUACCCCAUCAGGUAAAAUGGUACCCAGGACCUCCAGACACCAUAGUGGCUUUAUUGAGAUGGUCUCCAUGGUGCCUGGAAUUGUCCUUUGAUAUUAUUUGCUUUUUAAAAGUAUACUUAAUCAAAUAAGAUGCACAACUAAUUUUGCAUUAUCUAUAUACACAAUAUUUCCAAUUCAGCUAUAUUAUCCUAAAACCCCCAUCACUUCUUCAAAAUUCAUGGUUUGGUGUAUAAAUCAGUAUUAUAUGUUUAUGCAAAAUUUAGGUACCUACCUAAAGCUUGGGGGUUGAAAGAAGAGACAAGUAAUCAGCUGCCUGGUGCCGUCAUUGAUCUACAGGCACCCUGGCAGUGUAUAGAAAGGAAAGAAAUGUACAAGUAAGCUGGUGUUAAAUCUUGGUUUCUUAUGGGAAUUGUCAGUGCCUCUUGUACUUGGUGAUUAGAUAGCAAGCACAAAUAGAAAAGCUGGAUUAUGUAAACUAAAGCUUGUGUUAUUCUACACUUCCUGACCCUGAAUUGCACAAACACGAACAUUUUAUAAUGUUAGUGUCCCUUUAAACAGACCAAAAUAUUUGAUUCUGUAAUUGAGUAAAGGUGAUUUAUUUUGUUCUAGAAGCAGAUGUUUCAGGAACGCAGUGGGAGAAUGCUUCAAGCUCUGUCACCACUCCAGAGUCCUACUGGCAGCCCCACCCGAGAACGUUCUCCAUCACGAUCUCCUUCUCCAACCUUACCGUGGGUGAUCAACAAGCUGUCCACUCCUUCAUCUCCUAAGGGUGCUUCAGCAUCCAUUAGCAGCAUGAGUGAAGGAGAUGAGGAUGAAAAGUAA